ACUGCGCAGGCGUCGCUCGCACCUUGUUGAUUAGUCAGUCCGUGCUGGGAUGGCGUUUACUGGGUCAGCUGGAGCUGCAAGCAGAGGAGCCAGCGGGAAGAGCCGCCGCCGUCUGUGCAACCCACGCCGCCGCCGCCGCUGCUGCUGGGGGGCCGGCGGAGGAGCAGCAGCAGCAGCUGUCGGCGGCGACUCGCCUCGCUUUUAAGCCAAGCCCAUCAUGGCCUGGGGAGGCGGCGGCGGCGGCGGCGAGAGUCGAGGCUGAGGAGGGCGAAGCCGCCACCAGACGACCCCCGCCGCCGCCCGGACCCCAAGAAGGGCGGGAACAUGGAUGCGGGCCCCUCGCCGGGCUCCAGUCUGAAGGAUGUGAAGUGGAGCGCCGUGUCUGUCCCGCUGGACCUGCUGGUGAGCACCUACCGCCUGCCUCAGGUCGUCAGGCUGGAAGGCGGUGAGUAGAAAGAGCGCAAAGGGCCGCGCGGAAAAGCGGCUCGCUUGGUAACUUGGCCGGACUCCGGCGGGCUGGGAGCGGGAGAAGCGGCGCCGGUGGUGGCGGUGCUUGGGCAGCCGGGCACUGGCUCUCCUCCUUCCCCAGCCACUUCGGAAAGAGUCGCCAGACUCUGCCUCUGCUCCACUUGAACGCCGGCCAAACUCCAGGCGCGAGUCCUUCUGGGGAGAAGAGCCCAUUGGGGAGAGGGGGCACGUGACUAAAAUAUGAAUGGGGCACGAAGGAGGCGAAUGCCAGGGCUUUGAUCUUAAGGAGCUCAAAGCGGCGGGGGGCGAUGUCGGGGCCCGGGGAGCUGGUGCGGCCGGCGCGCCGAAUGGGGAGGAGGGGAGGGGGCAAGUGAGCUGCGCCGGAAUGGCCCCUGGCUCGCCUCUUGCCCGCUGUUGCUCCCUGUUGCGCGAAUUGGGGCCCUUUUAAUUUACCAUAUCUGAAAGUCGAGAGGCUUUCCUUUAGUCGCCCUGGCUGCGAUCCCAAGAAAUUCAGCUGGAAGUUAGGUCCCGUUGCAAAUCACCUGGGCUGACUUGCGGCUGGGAUAGUAGAGCCCGUGAACACAAUGCAAAUUCAAGAGCUGCGUGCUUAAGAAACCCACUCAAGCAGAUGGGCUCAGGUGUGUUAUGUUGGCUUGUGGUCCAAAACGCAAAGUAUAGGACUCUGCGUAAUCUCAGAGCAAGAAUUGUGCUCGCCCAUAGAUUUAUUGAGAUGGCUAUUGGCUCUCAGCUUCUCCUCUUACUGAGGGCAACAUUAACAGGAGUGGUACAGGGAAAGAAGAAAUGGUUAUAAAUCCCCUCCCAAAGGGGCAUAAACUAAGAAUUGCUUCUAUAGCUUGGUGCAGAAAUCCAAUUCCCUUCAAAGUAUGGUUGAUAGGCUCUUCUGUUGAAGGGCUAUUCUGGCAAGCUGUGUUUAACUUUGAAAGGGUUAGUAUGAUGUGCUUAUUUCCCCCCAGCUCCUUUAUUAUGGAGAUAUGUUUGUCAAACAAACACAUUAUAGUAAUUAUAACCAUUGCAGUUACUUCUUCAGUCAUCUGUGCUCUCUCAGCUAGCCAAAAGCUUUUUUUGGUAGCUUCAGAUUGAAACUUAUGUUUGAUUUUGUUUUCCCCAUCAUCCCCCCCCCCCCCACAGAAUAUCCAUUUUCUUGUGUACCCAUAUCCUGUGCCAACCGUUGAAUUAGAUUUAUUUACAAUUGAAUCCUUUGAAGGAUCUUUUUUAAAAGCCUCUUGCACAAAUUGAACUUUCAAGUUAUGAAAAAAACAUUUCAUAUUAGACUGGCAAGAUAUGGAAUUGCUAAUCAUUCUCUGUCUUGGAGAAGUGUGUUUGUAUCUGCCUUGUUUACAUAUGCAGUGCAGGAGAGCAACAGCUAUGAUGCAAUAUUUAUGCCUCUUUAAAUAUUGACUAGAUAAUGGUUCCAACCCUGCAUCACCUAUUCGCCCAGAUCUAUCAAGGUAUUCCCAAUUGAUUAAGCUAGACAUUCAUUAAACUAAAGACGGCACAUUUCAUAUGGGCACCCUGCCUGAAUUUUUCUUCAGUAUUCUCUAGUUAACAGUUGACUCUUCUGUUCGAGUGGUUGCAUAUUAUCAGAUGACGUCUAUGAAUUAAAACGAAUAGCCAAGUUAUAUAACGUGUUAAUAAAGGAGGGCAUAGAAGGGUUGUUGACUGGUGCAUUUCUGUUAUUAGGGGCCUGUCUACUGGGUUUUCAUCCGCUUUUCCUCUCCUCUCAAAUGUAGCAGUGCAAAAAUAGUUGCUGGUGUUCCUCUCUUCCCCUUGCAUUGGAUGUAACUACUGUGUGAUCGGCAAGCAGUUGGGAAGUGGAUAACUGAGCUGGGAAGGUUUUCCACUGCAGCUUUUGAACUGUUAUGCUGCUCUCCAUAAUUUUCUGCUAUCUCCUUCUAAUCAUAAUUUCUUCCUGGAAUUCAACCCUUGAUGUCAUUAUAACUUUAGGAUUAAGGCUUUUUUUCUCACUGUAUUACAGCUCUUGUGCAAGUCUCUCUACUGAAUGCCCUCUGCAAUCCACCUAGUCUCCUGGUAUUCACACAUCUCCGUUUUCUAUGAUCACUGUCCGUUUGUGUCCAAGACUUUCUUCGUGGCUCCAGGAACUGGAAGAAGCAGUACAUGGCAGAGGUUAUGGGAAUCUGUCCCCCCCUGCAAGUUGGAGGGUGACUCGUGUUGACUUCCCAUGUAGUAAAGAACCCUGAUUUUCUGGGAGUUUACAUUGUUUGCGAGCCUCCAUGAUGAGGACAUGAGGUUCCUUGCUUUGGGCAGUUGUCUUCUAACCCAUGGACAGCAAUGUGGGGAGGCUAAAGUAGCACACUCACCCCCACGUGUUGCUUUUCCAAGUUCCUGAUUGCCUGAAGAGGGGUUAAGUUUCCAAUUGAGUCCUAAUUUUUAAAAAUGUGCAAAACACUCUUUCAUACUGUCCUUCUCACAAUAGACUGCUGAAAACAUCAUUAAAUAGUAUUGGCCCAUUUGGCUAAUGGGAAAAGUGAGAUACUAAGGGGUUGACUUGAUAAAAUUCAAGAUCUGCUCAUUAGCAGCUGUUGUUUCCAAGAAUUUAGAAUUUCUUCACCUCUUUCACCCUGAUAGAAAUACAUGGCUCGUAUUUUCAUUCUGAACGGUAUCUAUGUGAAUCUGGAUAUAUCGAGUGAUGGCAACACUGGACACACUUCAGUGAUCUUGAAUAUCUUUAAAAGUAGUUAAAUAGUUACUUCUGAUGGUAUACAUAGAAAAAAAUACUGCAUUUGCAUAUUCAAUAAAGCACAAGUGCUUCCGAUGGCAAAUAAUCCAGCUCCUUUGUGUGAGGGUCCUAAGGGCUAUCUGCCCAUAUACACUUAAGUAGAAUACUUUUGGUUUAUCAUGGAGUUUUGGAGAACUUGAAAGCUUCUUCACUACCUUGUGACAUUUUUGUUGGAUACAAAUACUAUCCAAUUGUGGGUUUUAGACUUUGUGUGUAUGUGUAUAUCAACCUGACCCUGAUUGUUAUACUUUGUCACUGAAUAAAUUAGGAAAGCCAACAUCAUCACCAUCAAACUUUGCAUUUACAAUAAUUUUCCUAAGUGUUCAGUGUUAUUAGCAUUACUUUGAUGCAUUACAGUUUGAUGCAUUACUUUAAGAAUCCUUACAUGCAAAGAUAUAUUACAAAAACAAAAUAAACAGUUUGUUUUAAAAAAUAGAAUCCCAUCAAUAUUCUUGUGCUAGUCAUUACCCCACUUUUGUACAAAAGGAGUACCUGGUGGUCAUCCCAUGAGUUCAUAGUUUUGGGAAGAUUUGAACUGGGAUUCUCUGAGCCCACAGUUCAUUUUCCUAGCCACUGUGCUCUGCCAACAACAGUAUAUUCUAAUCUGCCUUCCGUGCUGGCUGGCAUUGAUAGGCGAUGUGGUCCAGAACCUCUGGGAGGCACCAGGUUGGCAAAGGCUGCUCUAGAUCACUUGGACUGUUCUGUGGACUGUACACAUGUAGAAUGUCCUUGGUUGGUCUGGUGCAUAUUGUUAACUUUGCAUUGCUUCCAGAGCAGUAUCUUUGUGAGGGGUUUUGCAGAAGACAUUUCCUUCAGCAUCAGCUUAUUUUCACAACAAGGUUGUAGGACAAGGCUUUACUGUCAGUAUCUUUUUGUGCAGAGCUAUUAAUAAGACUGAAUGAAUGAAUAUGAAAAUAGCUCUAAAUAGGUGUGUGUGUGUGUGUGUGUGUGUGUGUGUGUGCUUUCCCUCUCUAUGUUAAUAAUUAGCCUUGAAUGUCUAAGGAUAUGGAGAGGGGGAGCAGACAUGUGCCCAAAUACAUCCGGAGUCGGAAAGCCACGGCAAAGAAAACUACCGUAUGCAGAACUUAAGUUGCAUUUUACAUUCUUGAGAUAGAAUUCAUUUUACUUGUGCCGCAUAUUAUUUCCACUGCAGUAUCUUGGCUUUUUCUUAACCAUUGGUAUUAUUCUUUUUAUGUGUGGACACUUCUGCUAGGAGCUCUCUGUAUGUAUUUUUGCCUGGGUGACUUUGGAACUUCAGAAAGUACGCAAUUAAAAUGCAUGAGGGUAUUGGGAAGCCAUGUAAGAGUCAUUCCUGCAAGGAAAUGUUGUGGAAACAAUAAUGAAUGGUAAACAAGCAAAUUGCAGCAAGUUCCUUUGAAAGAAUAGCAAGCAGACAAAAUUGGGGCUGAGGAAGGAAAACAUAUCUGUGGACCUGUUCAAAAAUGAUGUAGAAAGCUGUGUCAAGCGAACACACACUUUUCAUUGUGUAGUGUACACUUACUUCGCAGCAGUGACUAAUUACAGUAGAGAAAGAAUUUUUCUCAAUUUUUGUAGAUUCAUGCAUUUUUUCACUCUAAAAGCAGUUUUCAUGCUUUUUUCCUAUAUAUACACAAAAGUACUGUAAAGGAAUCUUGCAUUGUUUAGCAUGGCCCUGAAUUUCUUUGUAGAAAGGAGCUCUUUUAUUACAGUACACUGUUCCUUAGUUUCCUUGAUGGCACUGUUUUGCCAGAAGAAAGUGAUUCAUUGGGAAAAUAGAUACACAUGACAUGCUGGUGUCUUGCAUAAGAACUAGGGAGACAUGCUGAUGUUAUUGGCUCCUUGAAAAGAUAUGAUGGAUGUGUAGAAAGCAGUGUAGUAUUAUACGAGUCCAUUAUUUUUCUGGCAAGGAUGAUGCCAGAUAGAUUUUGAAAAGGAAUAUGUCCCACCAUACUUAGCAGUUUGGAUAUAAGAGCUUUGGUUUUUUGGUUGACCAACACAGCCUGGGGCCUGUGAGCAUGUCCUUGCCACGGGGGUACGUAAUUCCUAUAGCACUUAAAUGUGGAGUGAGGCUUUCAUUCUCACAUUAAGGUAUUUUGCACAGACACACUCAUUUGAGGCAACCUACAAAUGAAAUAUUGUGGCACUCGUUAUGUGAAAACAAAAUGUUGUAAGAAGCCUAACGCCCUUGCUUCUAAGAGCCGUGAGGCUGAAUGUGGCCCGUUGUGCUCAAGUGAGUUCUUUCUCCUCUUUCCACUCAUCAUGGUUAUAACUGCCUGACAAACUACUUCCUCCUGCUUCAAUGCAAUCCUUUGGAGAUUUAAUUGCUACUGUAGGUCAUCUUCCAAUGCAGUAAAGCUCAUGUUAGCUCUUUGCCUAGUGAUGUGAUGUCUAAAGCUGCUUUUAUUUUAAACAGCUAAUUCAUUUUUAUUGAUUAAUAUGGAAUGGUUUCCCCCUUUCCUCUAUCAUAGCCUUCUACUAAGCCUUGUACUUUCUCUGGUACUUGAGGCAGUUCUUGUACUUCCUUUUCAGUGUCUUUGAACCCUGAGAUAACCACCAAUUUUGGUAUGCUUAAAACUGCUGUAGUAAACUUCUUGAAGUCCUUUUCUUGUGCCAGUAAGAUACUGCUUUUUUGUUAACCACCUUAGGAUUGACGUAUUUUAAAAUGAAGAGCAGUAUAGAAAUGACUUAAAAUAAGUGCUGUUCCUUCACAGCUACUGGCCUUGGUAGCUCCCACAGGUUCCAAGUACCAUGUUUUUAAACAAAUGGCUUUGGCUAUGCAUAUAUACAUGCUAUUGUUAAAAUGAGAACCAGGGCAGGGGAGCUGGUGUAUCACGGCGGGAGGAGUGGAAGGUGGCGAUUAGGCAAAUCAUUGGAGAGAUUUGAUAGGUCUGAACUGGGCAGGAGGCUGUGUAAUGAGGCCAUAAUACUGACAUGGAAGAAGGCACGUUUUUCUGUUUUGUUUUUUGAGGAGGUGGAUUGGGGUCAUUCCAAGCAACUUGUAAUUGCCAAGUUGAUGAAGAAUAACUGUAGGCUGUGAAGUCCUAUACUAGUUUCAUUAAGAGAAAGCUAACUUCACUAAGAGAAAGCUAACUUCAUGUGCCAUGGGGAAUAUCUAGUACACCAUUCACAAUUAUGUGUACAGAGUCCUGUAUGUUGGGUACAUGUUAUGUGUGCUGUCCACUAACGGGUUGUAAGAAGAAACAUACAGCUCAGUCUGUUGACAGCUUGGAAUACGGUACUGUUGCUGCUGUUUCCCAAGAUAUCCAUUUCUGAAAGCAUUUUGACCUGGUAUGGUUUGCUGUCUUUCCCUGGCAUAUGUUAUUUCCUUGGGGGGGGGGGGAUCUCAUUUCUGUAUACGCAAGUGAGCUCAGCCCCUGUUGCCUAUACCCAGCUUGCAACAGUUGCUUGCAGCUUUGCAAAAGUAUAAAACUUCAUUGGGGUGUAAAUAUGAAUUGUUGGUUUGAUUAGGUGAUGGUGCUUGUUUUAGUGAAUGAAUUUGUCAUUAGUUUUUAGCCUUAUAACAAGCUGCCACGAGAACCCCUGUUAUAGCACUGGCCAAAAAUAAAAGAAAUAAGUUUAAGUACAUAUAAACAUAACUGACAAUAGCACCAUUCUGGUAUGAGUCACGCAUAUAUAUUUUAGUUCGGUUCUGACAGUUCCCUUUGAGCUCUUGUGAAGUUCAUUUUCAGGAAUGAAAAGAGCCUUGGAGGAAAGUGCUUUUCCCUUAUUGGCAGUAUAAGUGUGCAUUGUUCAAGGCUGCCCUGAGAGAGAGAGAACUAUGUUGCACUUGAGAAGUAGAAAGGCUAUUACAAGAGGAUGUUGUGAGGCAGGCAGCUAUGACUUGUGACCUCUGGUUAAACUGAUCUUUUUAAUAACUGCAAUGGGAGAUGGCUGCUGUUUAGAGAGAGAGAGACCAGUUAUUAUUGUGUUGUAAAGUCUUAUUCGUCCACAUACAAAAAGUUCAGGCCACAUUCCAAAGGUGUUAUUUAGCAUGUUAUAAGGGGACAAUAUGCCCAGGGCCAAACUACAUGUGGCGUCAAAUCCAUGAUUUGAUGUCAUGCAUCUCUCUGAAACAGAACACUACUAUAAAUAGCCAUUGAUAAAGACCGUGGGGAGAACCUUUCAACCCUUUCCUCACAGGCCACGGUCCCAUCACCCCCUUCCCAAAGCUCCCAUUAGCUUGAGUGGCUUUUGAAGAUUUCUCUCUGCAGUAGUUCCCACUGUUUCAGAGGCCUUCCUCUCUGAUUUGUUCCUUAAUUAUUUUCUUGCUUUUUUUCUUGUCUUACAGUCUGUAAGCCCACAGUCAGGGCCCGUCUUUAGAUGAUGGUGAUGAUGAUUCUACAGCAUCUGGUUGAGUUGCUUGAUUUAUACGCUGAGCAAUAUUUUAUACAGCUUAAUAUUGCUUAAUUAAUAUUUUCUGUAAGUUGCCUUGAGUUACUUUUGUGAAAAGAGUGAUUAAUAAAAAUAACAAAUAAUAAUAAACAUAGCUUUUGUAAAUGGUUUUCUUUGUAUUGUACAAUUGAAUAGAGAAGAGGAGGAGCCUCCACUUGUUCAGUACCUUAUGGCUCCCAGUGCCAGACUGUUCUCUGCAGUUUAGUCUGAGGUCUUAUGCUGCAAUCCUAUGCAAACAUAUCUGAGAGUGAGUCCCACUGAACCCAGUACUUGCAAAGUAGAUGUGUAUAGACGGUUAGGCUGAGAAUAAAUUUGCCUCAAUGUGUUUUGACAGACAAUCGGAUAUGGGCAAAGGAUGUGACUAUAGCUUUCAGUGUGACGGCAUUGCUUUAUGUUCGAUCGUGUGCAAUCCAAUAUGCUGUAUUGUGUUAACUUCCUGCUUCGGUAAUAGAUAAAUUCGUGGGAAGCAAUACAAUAUGGGAUCCUGCCAUACGUAAUACGAAGGUGGUAUGAUUGUGAAUUCAGUCCUUCUCCCAAGUUAAAGCCUCUCUAUUUUCUUUACUCUUCUUGAUGCAUACUAAACAUUUUCAAAAUAUAUUAAGCAACUUCCCACAAUGAAUUGUUAAUGGCCUAGUUUGCAUGCAAUGUCAAACCAUAGUUAAUGUUUAACUGUGGUCUAGCACCAGGGUGCAAUGUGUUAGUGCAGGCUGCUGCAAGUCUCCCCUUUGCUUCUCCCCUACUCUUUGCUGGAAGCAACAAAUUGAAAGGGCAGGUCAACACCAGAAAUUUAAAGCGCAUCCAACAUACAUUUAAAGCAUAUGACACACACCCCUUGAGAACACCAGGAACUGUAAUUUGUUAAGGGUGAUGGGAAAUGUAGCUCUGUAAGGGGUAAACUAUAGUUCCCAAUGUUCUUUGGAGGAGGUCAUGUGCUUUAAAUGUGUGUUGGGUGCUCUUUGAAUUUAUGGUGUAGAACAGUCAUGUGUAUCGAGUGUGUUUUAAACAUUAAGUGUGCAUCUGUGCAUCUCCCCUAAACGUUUGUGUAUCAGGGCAAAUGGUAGGCAUGUGAGAAGUGAGAACACACCCUAAAAACCAAUUUAUUUAUUUAAAUUGAUCUUAUAUCCUGCUCUUCCUCCCCAAAGGAUUCCCGCUCCCCCACUGACACUGUUUAGAACUUCCAUAAAAAAUCUCGUGCUAAUAUUUUACAUCAAUUUAAUGCAGCGAGAAAUCUGUGUUAAUAUUAUCCUGCCUCUGCAACAGUCAUAUAGCAGCCUUUCUGUAAUAUGCCAAAGCAACACGUCAGGUUAAUAGCAUCCCCUAAUGGAAAUAAUUGUCAAUGAGCUCUAAACCAUUUCCCAGCACAUAUACUCUAGUCAGGAAAGCCUAAAUGAGUAAGUGGCGGAGCUGGACUGUAGUUGGCCAGUAGGGAAAUCCUUAUAGAGUAGGCAGGUCGAAAGGCUCAAUUAAAAUUCUCAGGAGGAUGUGUCUGCAGAUAGUACUAGAACUUUGGUCUGAAUCCUUUGUUAGCCUGGGUGGGGCCUCAGUUUGAUAAGGGGGACCAGGAUAUACCUGGCAAUAAUUGGAUUUCUCCAACAUUUAACCUUAAUCUUAACCAGUAGAAUUCAGGCUGAUCAUAAAAAGAGCCCUGGGGAAUCAGACCAAAGGCCUCGGCUAGUCCAGAAUUUUGCCUCCCAUGGUGACUAAGCAGAUGUCAAGAGAAUUUUGCAAACAGGAAGACAAAAGGAACAUAGGAAUCUGCUUUGUACCAAGUCGCGCCAUUGGUCAUCUAGCUUGGCUUUGUCUACAAUACAUGAACUGGUGUCAGUUGUCCAGGGGUUCAGACAAGGAACAUUCCCAGCCCUGCCUGGAAGUGCCAAGGAUUGAAUCCAGGAUCUUCUGUGCACAAAGGAAAUGCUCUGCCGCUGACCUGUGACACUUCUGCCAAAGAGCUCUCUCCCACUGUUGUUUUCACUAGAUCUAGCAUCCUAGAGGUAGUAUGACAACCAUCACGAGCAGUCACAUUUAAUAGCCUUUUCUUCCAGAAUUUGUAUAGUCCCCUUUUAACGUUGGGCGCUGAAAAAUAGUAGAAUAGCAGUUAAAAACUGACCUUGAGCGAAACCCAGCAGACUAUCGGUUAAGCAAAGGUUUUUUUGUGGUGUGCGUGGUCGAACCACAUAUUUCAUUUGUUACAUUUCUGUCCCACCUGUCCUCCUGGGAGUUCAAGACAGAGUACAUGGUCCCUUCUCAUGUUAUCCUCACAACAUCAUGGUGAAGUAGGUUAGGCUGAGAGCUGGUGACUGGACUAAGAUCCCUUUUGAGUUUCAUGACCGAGUUGGAUUUGAACCAGAGUCUCCCCAGUUCUAAUCCAAUACUCCUAUCCUUGCAUCUUGCGUCAUGCCAUCCUACACAAUAUAUCCUCUGUGUGGGAGCCAUUGCUACCACCUGUUGAAUAAAAGGGUGCCUGUGAACUCAGUUAACCCCCAUUUGCAGAGGGCUGGUGGGAGGCACUUUGGAGCGGUUUUCUCAUUGUCAGGGAUAGGAUCAUAUUGAUGCUAAAGACUGUCCUAAAGUUGGUUUAUUCCUGAGUACCUCCCAUCUUGAAUGAGGUAUCCUAGAAGUGGUAAAACUGCGGCCAAAAUGAGUCAGGGACUGGAAUGCCUUCACUACAAAGAGAGACUAAAGUAUUUGGAGCCAAGGGCAUAGCCAGGAUUUUUUUGGGGGGCAGGCAGAACCUCAGUUAGCUCUGUAUUUUUAUUUAGUUUUGUUGAUUUUGGGGGGCAGCUGCCCCCCUGGCUACACCCAUCCUUGGAGCUUUUUACUUUUUAGCAGGUAAGAAAAAGCCAGGUAAGAGGGGUGGGGUAGAUAUUUCUAAAAUCGUGCAUGGUGUGGAAUAAAAAAAAUUCUCCAUCUCCCAUGUUACUAGAAUUCUAUGUUACCCAAUUAAACUGGUAUAGCUUCAGACAAGAAAAAUUGCUGCUACGUGCAGCAGAUAACUUGUGGAUUUCUCAGCCACAAGGGGUGGUGACAGCUGCACAGUUGGAUGGCUUUCAAAGGAGGAUUGGACAAAUUCAUAGAAAACAGGCCUGUUAAAUAAUAUAGCUUACUGCAGGGGUCACCAACCUUUUUAGACCCAUAGGCACAUUUGGAUUUUGAGUGAGUGCGAUGAGAGCCAUCCACUCUAAUAACUUCUCUCCCAGAUCAGCAUGUGUGUACACACACACACACAGACAGACACACACCCCUUGCUUUUCUAAGGGAUCUGGGUGAAAGUUGGAUCCAGUAGAAUUAAUCUGCCUCCUGGAAAGCACAUAGAGCUGAAAGAGGAAGGGGGAAAGAGUGCCACUCCUAUAGCUUCCUCCUUCAGUUUUAUGUGCUUUGCAUUGCAAGGGGUUGAAUUAGAUGGCCCUUGGAGUCCGUUCCAACCCUACAAGGCUAUGAUCCUAUGAUAUUUUGCAAUGGGGGGGGGUUUACCAUCUGUAUCACUUUAUGGCUAGACAGCAUCAAAAAAAGCAGAGACAUCACCUUACCAACAAAGGUCCGUAUGGUUAAAGCCAUGGUUUUCCCAGUAGUGAUGCAUGGAAGUGAGAGUUGGACCAUAAAGAAGGCUGAUAGCCGAAGAAUUGAUGCUUUUGAAUUAUGGUGCUGGAGAAGACUCUUGAGAGUCCCAUGGACUGCAAGAAGAUCAAACUUAUCCAUUCUGAAGGAAAUUAGCCCUGAGUGCUCACUGGAAGGACAGAUCCUGAAGCUGAGGCUCCAGUACUUUGGCCACCUCAUGAGAAGAGAAGACUCCCUGGAAAAGACUCUGAUGUUGAGAAAGGCAGAGGGCACAAGGAGAAGGGGACAACAGAGGACGAGAUGGUUGGACAGUGUUCUCGAAGGUACCAGCAUGAGUUUUCAGCAAGGCAUUCGACAAGGUGCCCCAUGAUAUUCUUGUAAAGAAGCUGGUAAAAUGCGGUCUUGACUAUGCUACCACUCAGUGGAUUUGUAACUGGCUGACUGACCGAACCCAAAGGGUGCUCAUCAAUGGUUCCUCUUCAUCCUGGAGAAGAGUGACUAGUGGGGUGCCACAGGGUUCUGUCUUGAAGAUGUCUUAUUCAACAUCUUUAUCAACGACUUGGAUGAUGGACUCAAGGGCAUCCUGAUCAAAUUUGCAGAUGACACCAAACUGGGAGGGGUGGCUAACACCCCAGAGGACAGGAUCACACUUCAAAACGACCUUGACAGAUUAGAGAACUGGGCCAAAACAAACAAGAUGAAUUUUAACAGGGAGAAAUGUAAAGUAUUGCACUUGGGCAAAAAAAUGAGAGGCACAAAUACAAGAUGGGGGACACCUGGCUUGAGAGCAGUACAUGUGAAAAGGAUCUAGGAGUCUUGGUUGACCACAAACUUGACAUGAGCCAACAGUGUGACGCGGCAGCUAAAAAGCCAAUGCAAUUCUGGGCUGCAUCAAUAGGAGUAUAGCAUCUAGAUCAAGGGAAGUAAUAGUGCCACUGUAUUCUGCUCUGGUCAGACCUCACCUGGAGUACUGUGUCCAGUUCUGGGCACCACAGUUCAAGAAGGACACUGACAAACUGGAACGUGUCCAGAGGAGGGCAACCAAAAUGGUCAAAGGCCUGGAAACGAUGCCUUAUGAGGAACGGCUAAGGGAGCUGGGCAUGUUUAGCCUGGAGAAGAGGAGGUUAAGGGGUGAUAUGAUAGCCAUGUUCAAAUAUAUAAAAGGAUGUCAUAUAGAGGAGGGAGAAAGGUUGUUUUCUGCUGCUCCAGAGAAGCGGACACGGAGCAAUGGAUCCAAACUACAAGAAAGAAGAUUCCACCUAAACAUUAGGAAGAACUUCCUGACAGUAAGAGCUGUUCGACAGUGGAAUUUGCUGCCAAGGAGUGUGGUGGAGUCUCCUUCUUUGGAGGUCUUUAAGCAGAGGCUUGACAACCAUAUGUCAGGAGUGCUCUGAUGGUGUUUCCUGCUUGGCAGGGGGUUGGACUCGAUGGCCCUUGUGGUCUAUUCCAACUCUAUGAUUCUAUGAGUUUGAGCAAACUGCGGGAGUCAGUGGAAGACAGGAGUGCCUGGCGUGCUCUGGUCCAUGGGGUCACGAAGAGUCAGACACGACUAAACGACUAAACAACAACAACAACAACAACAAUCACUUUAUGGCCAAGGGAGCCAUGAAUAGAGAGAUUUCAGAGGCUCUGUGAGUGCCAGAUAGAAUCCUCAAGGAGACCACUAUGCUCACACAUGCCACAUUGCCAACCUCUGGCUUAACAGAACCACAUAUUUAAAAGGUGUGUGUUGUUUUUUUGCUGGACAUAGUAUAAUUAAAUAAGUUACUACAGAUGAAAAAAAUAUUUUUUCUUGUCAAAGCACUGUCUUCUAAUUAAAUGUGUUAAAAUCUGUUGCUUUGCUCAGUAUGUGAAAUUUCAGGAACAGGUAUACUAUGUGAAAUAACUGUCAACCAAAUGGUAUUUAACUCGCCCCCCCUUGAUUUAACACAUGUUCAGUUAACAGCAAUUGGCGUAAAGCUGAUCAGUAGCAAAGAGGAAGUAAAUCUAAUCUGUCAUUUAAAAAGAUAGCAGCUUUUUCAUACCCCUUAGUUGAAAUAUGGCAUUACUAAAUUGUAGAACAACUCAAAGAACUUGAACAAUACCUGAAAAUUUGAUGUAACUUUUAUGCUGGUUUACAUCUGUCUUUGAACCUUCUCUGAACUUCUGUUCAAGAGGUCAGUUCUUCCUAAAAUGCAAAAUAAGAACAGAAAAUGCUGUCCAACUCCUGCCUCCCUCCUCCCUUCUGUUUCCCUGGCCUCUAGCCAAAUCAAAUUAUCCCUCUGUCAGGCUCUCCAAAUUAGUUCAGCAUUCACAUGGAGGGAAAUUUUUCAAUACAUUUGGUAAUUAAUUGUAUUGGACCAUUUACCCAUUGCACAAACAGACUGCAAAAACUUGAAAAAUAGGAUAUGUGUUGUGAUUUAAAAAGCCAAACCAAGCCAAGUUCUGUAUGACUUGCAGUUAGAGAACUUUGGCUGAAAAGACAGCAAAUAUAUUCAAAGUUUCCUUCUAAUGUAGGUCCACCUAAAUGGGGAGUUUGGGUCUGCUGCUAGCCAACCCACCUCUUCAUAACUGGGAGGGGGGAAGCAUUUCAGAAGGUAAAUCAGCUGCAUUAGAGAGAGAGAAAUUACUUUAUACUGGGGAACAUAAUCCUCUGCUUCCAGAACUGAAUUGUGAGAACUGUGUGUUCAUCUUCAGGGCUGGUUCAAGGUUUCCAUACUGCUGAGUGUCCCCCUCUCCACAUCCUCUGCAGUGGGCACCAGGAAGCCUGAGCUCUAAUACGUCAUCCUUUCACCCUUUUGCUCUCAGAGCAAACUGAUGAGUUGAUGGGACUUCUCCACACAAAGUAGAGGGAAAGAGGAUGUGGGAGCAAUGAGAGAAGUUGUAGCAUCGUAGGGAAAGACAAAGGAGAGUGGCAGCGGUCCAACCCAUGCUACCUAGUGCUGCCAAGCUUCUGUGUGGGCGCUCAUUUGCAGAAGCCAUGGGGAAUUCACUGAUUCCUAUGAAUUACUGUCACAUGAAAACAUCCAAUUAAUUGGAGAGAAAAGCAUAAAGUCAUUUGGUAUUCAGCACAUCCUCACUGGAAGAAAGCUGACCAAUGUUUCAGUAUUAGGGCUCCUGCGCCUUGAGUGCAGGAGCUGUGAACCUUUAGCCCUCCAGAUGUUUGACUACAACUUCCAUCAUCCCCGACCACUGGCCAUGCUGGCUGGAGCUGAUGGGAGAUGGGGUUGGCAUCUGAAGAGCUACAGGUUACUUUCUUCUCCAACCCAUGGCAACCCAUGGGUUGAUUUCUCUUUUUUGUGACAGCCUGCACACUUUAUCUAAAAAAAACUAGCUCUUCUUAGACAAAACAUUUCCUUCCUCUGUUCCACCUUUCCUAUUGUGUGCCAUGACUUUAUUUUACAAAAAAAAGAAUGCUCCAUACAUUGCAAAAUGUAUGGCUUGCCUUGGCACUUAUUUAGAUCUGAAUCACUGCGAGUCUUGUUAUUACCAGGGCCUUGUAGCAUGACAGAGUUAUUGUUAUGCUUACCAGCAAGAAGAGCCUCUUAAAGGGCUAGCUGGCUUAUGAGUCAGUAUUCAUGGUCCUAGUUCCCCUCUGGAAGAAUCAAUUGGUUGGAAAAGCCUUAUACAAGCUAAUAGUCCCGCAAGGGGAGUAUAGAACUUAAAAACAUCCGGCAGCUCUUUAGCUAGCAAUACUAAAGUCUUGUGAAUAUAUUCAUAAAGGCCACCCACCCACAUUCAUUUCUAGGUUCUGCAGCCUUUGGAACUGCAUACUUUAUUCUUAGCUGUAAUUCCUGCAUUACAGGGGAUUGGACUAGAUGACCAAACCAAAGUACAAAAAAUCUUAGGAGAUAUUUCUUUCAUCUUUCUACUGACUAGGGGGAGAAAAGCUUUGAAGGAAGUUUCUUACUAUUGAAGGAGGUAUAACAAUAGUAGCCAUGCAUUGUAAAUAAAACAAAACAUUUGUGAAGUUCUAUUGAUCAGAAAAUUAACAUUGUUUAGUUCUUGGAUUAAAAAAAGAAGGCUGUUUUAAUUUGCACAUGUGCUUCAGCUGUUAGCAAAAGGCUUCAGUUCCUUUUUGUGUCUGAAGCACAGUAGGUGUCAGGAUUGUAAGCAAAAAAUGAAUGUUUAUAUUAAAAAGGCUCUUGUGACAUCUAACAAACAGAGUAUAAAUGGUGAUAUACUACUGUGCUGCUACAAUACAGGAAUUAUUUCAGCACCGUAGUAGUAAAUUUUGCCAGUGGAGUGUAAAGACAUCUAGCUGGCUGGCUGCCAUCUCAAAUAAAAGUGGAAAAAAGAAAAAAAAAAUGGGUCACUUUUGUCUUGUUCAAGUCAGAAGAGUUAUUUGCAGUAUGCAACACAGAUCCCCUUUAAAUGUCAUCUUAAUUGCCUUUGUAGAAUUCAGUUACAUUGCUCAAUAGUACUAAAAAAGAACAAAGAAUAUACAUUUGCUUUGGCCGAAUUUAUUGUGCUCCUCUGCUUCUCUCUGAAUGUCAAAUUGUGAAACAGGAUCACCGCUAUUAUACUGUAAGAAUGUAAAACUGUGUCCGUUCAUAGUCCCCCUCAAAUACUGCUGAGUGGCCCUCAUACCAAGAAAGCUCAUCUUGAUACAGAACUUUCUCCUCAGGGUGGCUGAAAGGGACAAAGCGUUUGGCAUUGACAGCUGCUUUUCCCCACAGUUAAAUUUUAUUCAUUCCUCUUGCUGCUCUAUUGAGGUUAAAGUCAAUUCAACUAAUGGACAGCCUUCAAAAUUAUUAUAGAAUGCCAGUGAUCUCCUCAUUUCUUAAUUGGCAUGAAGUUCGCAGUCCCUGAGCUUGGAGGGACAAUUCACAGUAUGCAUAACUUGCUGUGACACUGUGAUAUGUUUUUGAAACGUAGUACAUAAGUACACAGUCUGUUAAUUUUGAGGCUUCAGAUAUUGUUGACCAAAGAUGGUCAAAGUGCACAAUAACUGGCUCCUGCUUCUCUAGUGUUAUCCUGCUAUCCCAAGUGUCCAGGACGAAUAACAGUAUCAAAGAAUCAUAGGCAAUCCCAGCAAAAGAAGUCCGGUUGAAUGUUAUAGUGACAUAAUCACACUCCUGAAACCACAAAUAUCGUUUCUAGGGUUUGAAAAAAGUUUUAAGCAAAAGGUGCUUACAAAUUCAACCAUGCACCAAAAAGCAUGGAACUUUUAGGUUCACACAUCUAUCUUCACUUCCAUACCAUGUAAACAAUAAACUUAUUGUGCUGCCUUAAAGCUAGACUCCAAGCUCUUACUGUGUGGCCUCAUUUACGUGUGUUGAAGAGAUGCAUGAGUACAUGACAAACAUAUGUACAUUGAGGAGAAACACACAGUUAUGCACAUUUCAUAGGGCAAAUUAUACUUGCCUUACACUUACGAUGGGGGAAAUAGUAAUCAGACAGCAGAUCAAAGUUUAUAAACAAUUGCAAAUAGCAAAAAAAUGUAUUAAUGUGCAGGCUGUUACAGAAAUAAAAAGUUGAUUAUACAGGCAGUAUUUAAGCUAGCUUGGCAACUCUUUGGUAAUGGCUAAGGGGUAGUAAAAUUAUAAUUCCAAAUAUGGAGAGGAAAAGGCAACAAAAAUCAGACAGGCAUGCAUGAAUUCGUUUAAGAGGAAAGAGGGCAUACAAAUGUUUGUUGCUGAAAGGCAGCUUAGGUAGCUGUGAGAGCUAGAGAAAAUGGAGCAUGGAUGUUGUCUGUUCAAAGGCAGGAGGAAUGGAAAGAAGUUCUUUAUUAUAGGCACUUAUCACAGUCACCAUUUUUGUGGGCAUUUUUAAAAUAAAAAAAUCAGCUUUUGCUAGGCUUAUAUCACAUACAGCAUCCUAUUUCUGUGAGUGAAUGAGUCACUUGUUUUCUUACUUUUGUAAGUAAAACAACUUUUUAUGGUGGGGGGAAAUGCGCUUAAUGUCACUCUAUAUUUGGCACCUUUCAAAUAAAUUGGCUCUAGUUCUGCCUGGCUCACUGUAAUUAGAAAACACUUUGCAGCCAUGAUCCGGAAAUUUUAGGUGCUGCAAGUUUUUCCUUAUAUGUGCCAAGCUCACCUUCUCCCACACUGUGGGAGCUUGGUUUAGGUUUCACUGUGUUGGAGGCUAAGCUGGAAGUUCUUCUAGGUGUUGGGAAUGGUUGGUUAGUGGUUGGAAAUGCAGUGUGUUUUAUUGGCUUAGUGCAGUUUCCCUUGCAGGCUGGUGCAUGGCCCGUUAGGGUCAAGGUAACACUUUUCCAAGGUUCAUCUUGACCAACCAGCCCCCCCCCCUCACACCCACCUCUUAUAUCAGAGGUUUUCAACCUUUUUGAGUCCAUGGCUCCCUUAAUCAACUACAUUCUUUCUGCGGCACGCCUGUGGGGCUUAGGAGCCCAGUUAUGUCACCCCUUGCCUGCAGAGCUGGCAGCCCCUCACCCUUUUCAAACAUCCUCCCUUGUGGAGUGUUCCCUCAGCCUCCUCUCCUCUCCCUUCUCCUUGGGAGUUCUCCAGGCAGCAGCUGCUGCUGUCCCUGGUCUCUGAGCUGUCUCACCCACCUGCCCCAAAGAGUGGUGUCUCCCAGAGGUUGGGGGGCCCCAGCCAGGUUAGCUUUCUGAAGCCCAGGGCAAGUGUACUCAGCUGCCCCCCCCCCUUUGCAGGGCCUGAUGUGCUCAUGCAGAGAGAGAGAGAGAGAGAGAGAGAGAGAGAGAGAGAAUCAUAGAGCUGGAAGGGACUCUGAGGAUCAUCCAUUCCAACCCCCUGAAUGCAGGAAUACAGAGAGAGAGAGAGAUUGCCAGAGUGAUCUCAUUAGCCUAAUAUUUAUUCCUUUGAAGGAACCAGAUUGCAUUCUUCCUUGCUAUAGCUUCCCUCAAAGAUCAUAUGCCAAACUAUGUGGGAGUACAAUUAAAUGAGCCGGAGUGGGAUGUAUUUCACAUCUGCUGGUUUCAUUCCUACAUAGGCAUAGAAAAUUUCAUCAUUAUGAAUGGAGAAAUAGGUCUGUUAUCACUUGCUUCCAUUCUAGAGCAAUGAGGCAGUGCCUUUGAGCUUUGUUUCUAGAAGUGUAAAGGCAACAUCUUUCUCUAUCAGUAUUCCCAUAUUCGUUGGCUUGGGAAUUACAGUGCUUGUCUUUAGCUUGGUUGUUUAUUUUAAAGAUUCCCUGAAGUUCCUCUAUAGUGAGUGUUCAAAUACUGAAUUGGCAUUGUGUUUUUGGGUUGUGUUGCAGCUUAUAAUAGGAUCAUAUCUACAGCUCCAUUUUUAUCCCAUUGAUUUGGGGGAAGAACAUAUUUUUGUCAUCCCCCCUUCUCAGAUUGAUGGAGUGUUUAUAGAUUUGUAGGGCAGAAACAUAGACUUGAGACUAUUGGUUGUAGGGUUCUUAGAAAAUAGGUUUCUGCUCUGGUUGCCACCCUCUAAUUAACAAAUGCAGUGUGCAUUUUGUACGUAGAGAGAAUGGUUGCUGGCAAAUGGUAUAGCUAGAUGCCAUCUUAAUGAAUGCAUUACUAAUGAGCUUUUGUAAUAUUAGCUCAUCAACACCCUCACUGUUCCUGUCCAGUUUUAAUUAUGUGUGGCAAUCAAACUUUGAGAAAUCAUUAUACAAGCACUACAAAGGCCACAUCGUUUUUUGGCACAGGGCAUUCUGGGAUGGUUCCCCCCCACACACACACAAACACUUUUUACAUAGCAUGCAAUCCGUGUUUGUGUUAUUGCUUAGCAAUUCCUGAGCUUGUCUACGUUCUAAAAAGAUUUCCAAAAUCCAAAUAAUGAACUUUCAGGAGAACACAGAGAAAUAUAGUAGUGUUUGCACUUUCACGUCUGAGUGCUAGCAAAAUGCCAGUAGCUAGUUGAAUCAUUGCACAACAGCCUGUAGGCAAGAAGUGCUAUUUCUCACUGACUAUAAAAACAUGUAUUGAAGUGCAUGAGCCAUAUGUCUGAGUUAAAAAAAAAAGUAAUUAAAUGUCACAUUGAAUAUAUUUGUAUGAAAGAUUUGAGGAUGUCUGAGAUACCAGAGAGAUGUAAAUUGUUUUGGUAAUGUAUUCAUACUUGAUAAUAGCAGAUGAAUGUAGAAAUAGCCAUUUUGAAAAAGGGGGUGCUUAUCAGUGUGCUGCUCCACAUUAAACAAUUGAUUAUGCUCAGACUAGUGUGCUAAGAAUUAAGAUUCCUGAGGUUUAUAGAAAGAUUAAAACAGAAAUGGGCAUUACUAAAGUUUCUUUUACAAAUAACAAGCUGUCUUUUGCCUGCCUGUAUUGUAAGAUGUGAGGAGUAUAUGACUCGUAUGUUAUAUUAUUGAUGCAUUAUUUAUAUUUAUAAGCCAUGUCCUGGCCCAUAGGAUUCCAGGGUGUACAUAAGAAAAUGAUUAAAAAAACAAUAAUUUAAACAACACUUAAAAUCAUACUGUGUCAAUGAAAACAGUUCACCAACAGCAUCAAAAAUAGCCAAACUCACUCACAGACAUUGUCUAAAAUGCCUUUCUGAACAGAUGCAUUUUGUGGUCUGAAUAACUUCCUUUUUCUUUUAAAAGUUUUGAGGUUGCACAGGUUGUUAGGUGGUCUCCUGUCAUGUUUUAACUAGGCCCAGAUCUGGUUUAGCUCCACAUACAAUAAUGCGGAACACAUUCAAACCAUUUCCAGGGUUGGAGGUAAAAUAAAGGAAAUAAAGAUGCAUUGCAGAGAGGAACAAAACAAGUCAGUUAAUGAUGGUGCUUGUUGAUUGUCCUGCUGUCUUAGCAAGUUUCAUCAGAUUUGAACAAUAGGGAAGACUACUGUCUUGGGGAAACUGCAUUCAUAGGAGCCAUGGCAGCAUACUUCUUUCUACGGGCAGAAAAACACUUCACCAAUCUGGUUGCAGAAAGAAUAUUGGUUAUUAAGGAAAACCUCACUGGAUGUGCUUCCCUAGCAUCGAAAGAGAAGAAUCACGUAGCAAAGUGUGACUCUCCUUCGUAUUCAUAUACUGGAUUUUUCCACUGCCUGUAGCACGUGUAGGCAGAUGGGUGUCUGCCCUGGACUGCACUUUACAAGUGUGCCACCCAAGAAGGGAGAGUAGGAAGGAGGUACAAGUCAUGCAGAAUCACCACAAGCGCAAUAUUCAGUGACCUGGUUCCCAGACAGGAGGGAUUACAAAGCAUCUAAAUUACAUUGUGCUAUAGCACCAGUAGGUGUUUCACAACAAAAGGAUUGGCUUGAAUCAGAAAGCAGGAAUUCGGGAUGGGUUGGGAGAGGAUGGGAAAUGCAGUAAAUUUCCUCCUGAAAUCAUAAAACAUGUCUACAGAAAACCAGUGCCAAAUUGAAGUAUUAAUAAAUUUCUUUUGGUCUCAGUUCUACUAACACAUCUUGAUCCAUUCUGCCCCAUUGCAACAGAGAGAGACAUUAAAAGAGUUAGAAAACAUUGUGACAGGAUAGCUUGUUUCUAAUUAUAUGGGUUUUGCUCCACCCUAAGUUACAAUUUCAACUAAUUUAGGCCUGUGUCAGCCUGCUUGGUUUCUUCCAAACUAAAGUUAGGAAUUUGCAUGACUUUGCCAUGAUUUAUCAAGAUGAUUCUGUUUUCUGUGUUAACAUAGGUUAUUUCAGCAUAUAAUGUGCAUUCAGGUGGAUCCAGAAUAAUAGUAGCCUUGAAGUAAAAGACUAGUAGACAGUUUCUGAAGAGACAUGGCUCAGGUUGAUGGCAUAGUAGCUCAUAGGAUCAGGUGUUUUAAUGGCAUCUCCUUACUAGUGGAGGGGCACAAUUACUGCACCCCCAACUCCAGUGGUGGGAACAGGAGCAGCCUUUGACAUGGUCCUUUGUUGAUGGCAUUAAUUUUUAUGAAAUGGUGUGUUUUUUUAGAAAUGGAAAAGAUCCUUGCAUAGAAAAAUAUAACUGUGGGGGGAAAUGUCAUUAUGGAAAAUGUUCCACCCUACAUCACUGUUUACCUAUCAAAAGCUGGCUUCAGAACACACCAUAGCAACCCAAGGAUCAGUAUAAUAUUCCUGAAACCUAUAAAAGAGGCACAGCUUGCACUUUUUUUUGCUUUGGAGAGAGUAGGGAAAGAUUAGGAAUUUCAAUGGAAAUUGAAGAUGGAUGGAUUUGCCCUGCUUGCCAGACACUGAAAUGGCAAUGACAAUAGACCAGAACUAAAAAGUAUCAAUGUAAUAUAUAUGUUUGCAUUAAGUUCAAUAAAUCUUGCUGUAACCCUGUGAGAAUUUGGCACUGCAGACCCACAAUGCAGAUGCAGUCCAAAAGCUGAGACAGCUGUUUGCCUAAGACCACAUACUAAAUUCAUUGCAGAGAUUAGAUUUGCACCUGGGAUUUCACAGAUCCACCAGUUGGCCACUAUACUAAUAUACUAUAAUAUAUUAGCUCAAGCAUUGUAUGUGGUAUCUGAAAGUGUUCUACAUGUUGAUUAUGGUAUUGAUUGUUUGCUCUCAUUAUUUUUUUUUGCAGGAGAAGCUAUAGAAGGUCUUAGGGAGAGUGAUUACCUUUUGAUUCAUUCAUGCCGACAGUGGACCACAAUUACAGCUCAUAGUCUGGAGGAGGGACAUUACGUCAUAGGGCCGAAGAUAGAAAUCCCUGUGCAUUAUGCUGGUAAGUGUGGCUUUGGCUCUGAACUGCAAAAUAAAGGGUGACUGAGUUGCCCACCAAUUACGCCAGCUUUUUGGUUGCUUGGCAAAGGAAAGCAAAAUUGACAGCAAAGGUGACUAUUUAACAAAAUAAGUGCAGAAAAGGAGCUGCAUCUUAUUCCUACAAGCUGAUGCUACGCACUAGUAUAAACUGCUAAAUCGUGAUUUUAACUAGGAAAGCUUCAUUAACUGCUGGAGAAAAGUGGUACAAGUCUCAUUGAAAACAGUCCUCCAAAGUUGUUUUGAAAAAAGAUCAGGUGCCCAGCUACAUCAUGCCUGAAAAUGUACUGAGCCACAUGAUAGCCUACUUAUGCCUGUUCCUGGCAGCAGUGCUACGUGCUUCUGAAUAAGCAUGUGGACUUGGAACGGAUGCCAAUCAGGAUCAUUUUUUUAAAAACUUACUUUCUCUUGUAAACAACUAUUGUUUAGUCUAACCUAUGACAUCGCUGCAAGUUCAUGCAUGCCUUCCCUUUCUACUGAGUUCUAAGAGUUCCCUGUUGUCUGGAAUAAAUAGUUGUGGCCAGUCUGUUGCUUUUCCUGGGGACUUUUUUCAUUUCUCUUUCUCCCUCUGUUCAAGGCUCACCAGGCCCCUUUUCAGUGCAGUGUUUUUUAAAAAAAUAAAAAAGUGACAGCUAUAAUUUGAAAUUUCCUUAGCUGCAUUUAAGCUUCCUUUCUCUUACAUCUUUUAAAAACUGGGUCACAACUGCAAUUCUAAUCAAAACAUUGUCUUUUUGCUUCACUGUUCCCAAAGGUCCCUUGGCCAGCAACAAUGAGUGUGUUGGGGCAAUCAUGUCUCUGCUUAAGAAGACAAGAUAGGAAUGAGCCUCAGAAUCACCUAGGCAGCCCUUUUGAUCCUCCCAUUGUGCAAGCAAGUGAACAGAGCAGGAAGUCUUCCAUUAAUUAUAGUUAACGAUAGUUCAGACAAAAUGGGAAACUAUAAUUAAUUGAACAGUUGCAUUUAGGGAGGGGCUAGAAGGACAUUCAUAGCACGACUUACCACACUGAGUUAUGAUCAUAUGAACUCUCCCACUCAUUCUUAAAUAGUAACCUCCUGUUUUCAGCAAUAUAUGAAAUAUAUCUUUUUUUCCUCUCCUUAUAAAGGAAAAAUAAUUAUAGGGUAGGGGUUGAAGCGACGGGGACCUGGGGUAGCCUUCCCCAACCUAUUGUCCUCCAGGUGUUGUUGGACUAUAACUCCAAUCAGCGCCAGCCAACAUGGCCAGUAGUCAAGAGUGAUGGGAGUUGUAGUCCAACAACAUCUGGAAGGCACCACGUUGACCGCCUUUAAAUAAAAAGUGGUAUUUAGGAACACAACUGGCAACAAUAAAUCCUAUUAGCAUUUUACAGUACUGAAAUUUGCCAAAGUUGCUGGUACAUCUAUUGUGGGGCAAUCAGAGGCCAGUUUCCUACUACGUACACUCAGUGGCUCUAUGGAUCAGUUGGCAGGCUUUUUCUUGAGAGACUAUUAGACUUUAACUGCAAUUUAAAGAGUACCUCUGAGGGCCUUUGUAAUUUGAUCACUAUCUGAUAAUGUUACUUGUGUUUGUCAUAAUGUGCUCUCUCUCUCUCACCCAAACAACUCAUUUAUGAAUUUAGUGAUUCUGCAAGGAAACUAAAAAGCAAUGCAGAGGUGCAAUUCAGAUGAGUAGUAUAAAAAGCAACUUCAUCUUCCACAUUAGAGGCACUUUCUCUUCCUAUCUUCAGUUUCUGAAUCUUAAUCCCCUGCAUUAUAUGAUACAAUUACUACGGGGAACUCAUUCAAAGCAGUUACUGGUGUGGUAUAUUUGUUAUGUGGUUUCUACAUACAUUCCACUUGUAACAUUUCUUUCCUUUUGCUUCCCAAACCACAUCUACACCAUCAGCAUAAAAUAGUUGUAAAACAUUGAUUGCCAUGGCCUUUCCUGAAGUCCCCUGGUUAUGAUUGCUGUGUGAGUGCUGGUUUUCUUUUGCUACAGUUACCGAGAUUCUUUGGAGAAGUUAUUAGUCUAAAUAGCUUUGCUUUGUGGUGCAGAUACAAAUCCAUGAAUGGAAUCUAGAAAUUGAGGUUCUACCCAGUUCAGUUUAGAAUGAUUAAAAACAGAAGACCAGCGCUACCUAUAAUAACUCAUAUACCCAUGUGGAAAUAAGAUCAAAAAUAUUGUGCAUAACGUGAAGUAUAUAUGGGAUGUAUGCAAAAGAGUAAAUAUUGCAGAAGUUCAAAGGCAAGAGUUUGCUCUUGUUUGACAGCACACAGUGUCUUUUCCCAGGGUUAGUUAUGCCAAGUCUGUCAUCAUUAAAGAGUAAAAUUCUGUGUCAGGGAGUUAACCAUGUUACGAAAUGAUUAAAGGAGCACUUGCUACUCAAUCUGCUUUCUGAAAGAACUGAACUUUGUUUCCUGAUCCAGUUCAAGGUUGAAAAUGGGGUGGAUUGACUUAAGCAUUUUCUGGCUUGUGUGUGCCCAUGUUAGGGAUUUAAAGUGUGGUUGACCUCUUGAAAGAGCAGUCAUGCAUUUUUUCUGCUUGCCUCAGAAAAGCAGAAAUUAUACCCAUGCAGAGUUUCAACAUGGAUCUAUUCAGUGCCUGUGGUUGAUGGAUGCUGCUCUAGAAAGAGGAGAGAGAAUAUGUGUCUUGCACGCAGGCGUCUUGUGACAAACUUUAAAGGGAUACAAGUUCUAAAUCCAGAAGAGGGAACAAGGAGUUGAUAAUAUUGUUGCCCAGUUUGUUAGUUUUUAUUAAAGUAAUGUAUACACAGACCACUUCCUGUGUAAAGAUCUUGAAGUAUAAAAUUCCAGUGAAGAUAAAAUGUUAACAUAUAAAACCAAAUUUAUUAAAAUAUACAUGAAAUCCAAAGGAAAUGGAUCAGUUAAUUAUUUGGGAUAAGCCUGAGCAAACUUACUUUAACUGUCUUUGGUAUAACAUUUUAUUUAAUUUAUUUUGUACAGUUUAUAUACUGCUUGACUGUAAAACAACAACCCUCAAAGUGGCUUAUUGCUGCAUUAUUCAAAGUGAGUGCAAAGUGGCUACAUGUGAAGUCCAGGUUCUUCCAUUGUGGCAUUCAAGUGCCUUGAAAUCUGACUGCCGUGGUGGUGGGGGACUACAGCAAGCUCCAGGUGAUCUGCUUCUUUAUCUUAAGAGCUGCUAGAGGGGAAGAGAAGGAAGUUCUUCCCCAGAACCAUCUCCUAGAUCUCUCUGUAUGUUGGGUCUUCGAUUGCAUACGCUAAAAAAAACCAACCCCUUAAAUCUUUUAAAACUCUUAAUGUUCAGACCUCACUAUAACCCUCAAACAUAAUUUGAGAACAAGCUUGAAGCCAUCCCAUGGUAUCUGGGCUUUCUGCCAGAUGGGGGCAUGCUCUGUCACAAGGCAUCUAGCUCUCUUCCUACUUCUUUGCAAUGAAGAGUGUCACCACGGCAUCACACUUCAGUGAGAUCAUUUGUUUAAAGUAUUGGUUUUAGGUGUAGGGAACUAUUCUGCCUUAUUUACAAAGAAACACACUAUGGUAUGUUGCAAUUCCUUGUUUACAAAGAAACACACUACGGUGUGUUGCAAUUCCUUUAGACUACAGAGUAGCUGGAACUACUGUUAGGGCAUUAACCUUGUCUACAGCUCUUCUUGAAACUCUUUAGAUUCUUUUCAAAUUGGUGGGGGAAACCUAGCUAUUCUUUAAUUUAAAAAAAACAACAACCCUAACGAAUAAAGCUUACUUCUUUGUGUUGUCUGGAGAGUGAUAGACGCACAGUGCCUCUGAGUUCAGUGGAAAUAACAUGAUCAGCACAUGUCCUAACAUGUUGCUUUUCUGAAUAUUUUCAAAGUUUCCCCCUGUGCAGCUAUACUUGGCUAAACUUGAAUGCUACUUUGUACACAGAUUUGAUGAGUGAAGCAGUUGAGCUGCAAUGAAUCAUUGUCGACUGAGCUAGUUUCUAAAAGGUUGGACUACUACUUUGGGCACACUGUGCUAUGGUGUCUAGAUCAAGGGAAGUAAUAGUACCACUCUAUUCUGCCUUGGUCAGACCAUACCUGGAGUACUCUCUAGUUCUAGGCAUCACAAUUUAAGUAGGAUAUUGAGAUGCUGGAACAUGUGCAGAAGAAGGCAGCCAAGAUGAUCAAAGGUCUGGAAACCAAGCCUUAGAGGAACUUUGGAGGGAGUUUGGUAUGUUUAGCAUGGAUAAGAAGAGACAGAGAUGAGAUAUGAUAGCCAUCUUUCUAUUUAUCUGUACACCGGUAAUCAUAUCAUUCAUUCUGAUUAUUCGUAUUUGCCCAUGCAACAGAAGCCUGUUACACCAAAAUGCAAGCAAAUUAAUAAGCUGCCUUGGGUGCCCUAUGGGAUGAACAUUGCUGAGAGGAGGAUGUGGGGCGGGGAGGGGGGGAGUACAGCCCUGCUGAUUCUCUUGGAUGUCUUGUGGCUUUUGACGUUAUCAGCCAUAUUAUCCUUCCGAAUGGGCUGUCCAGGCUGGGUGUAGGAGGCACCACUUGGCAAUGGCAUCAAUCCUAAUUGGAUAUGCUUUGUCCGUUCUGAGGAAACUUGUGGAAAACAUAAUUAAAAAUAAAAGUACCAAGCAAUUAAGAACAAAUCUUGCUGAAGAAGAACUGGCAUAGCUUCUGCAAAAAUGAUAAGCAUAGGGGUGAUCUAGUGGGCAUUGUGUAAUCUGGACUUUCAAAAAGCUUUUGAUAAAGUCACUUGCCAAAGACUGCUGAGUAAGCUUAGCAGUCAUGGGAUAAAGACAGAUGUUUGUCCACACGUGCAUUGGUGGGGGGGUGUUUUAUGGACAGUGUUUUAAUUGGGGGGGGGGUUAGGCAGGUGUUUGGCAUACCUAAGCAAUAGAUUUCCAGGCAGGCUAGAACCUUGAAGCUUUUCUGCUUAGAAAAUGCUAUAGGGCAGAAUGUUAAGUAGGGGACAAGUCUUUCCACCUGGGGGGGAAAUGCUGGCUAUGGACACAGGAAUUUGGUGUUUUAUUUCAGCAUCGCCAUGCUUCCACUGCAGAUUUGUAUGCAUGUAUAUUGCUUUGGGUCUGAAGCUUCCUAGUGAGAAGAGGAGGGUAAUCACUGUGCCAAAUGAAUAAUAUUUGGGUCAGGGCAAAAACUUGGCAGGGAGCUAAUUGUGUGAGCCAAGGUUGCUUCCUGCAAGGAUCACUUAACAGCCAAGCAUAAAAGAACAAGAAGGGAGGAUCUGUGCAUGUGUGGGAGGAAGAGGGAGGAAGAGGGAGGAAGAGGGAGGAAGAGUGAGACCCAACAGCUGGGCUCCAGCUGGCUAGGAUUGUCUUAAUCCUGGAAAAAGAAAACCAGCCAAUCUUGCUUCUACAUUUGUCUGUUUGCUUGCCAUAGUGUUUUCAAGCCUUUAACACUGCUAUUAAAUAUAAUCCCCUAUUAUGUAGUCUGUAGGUGUCUACCUCUCCAUUAUCUCUUCCUCCAUAGUCAUUUCCAACUUUGGGCAUAAAAUUAUAGAACUAGAAAUUACCCCCUUGAGGCUACUCUUCCCCUCCCCCCACCCUCCCUUGCCGUUUUCUGGGGGUGAACUGGGAAUAUGUGUGCUCUUACAUAGUCCCUGCUUUCUUCCAAGUGUUUCCAGGGUGGUCACAUUGGAAAAUGGAGCAAAUGCACCCACUUUUCUGCUCUUCUGUUUCUGGAAAAGUGCUGGAGACCUUCCUUCUAUUUGUCCACUCUACUUCAGAGCCUAGUACAUCUGUGUACCCCAGAUGUGUCAGAAUGCUUUGAACCCAAGACUGCUCCAAUUCUUUUUUUUGUUGUUGUUGUUUCCUUUCCUUUCCUUUUUAAUAAGUCUGCUCAGUUCCCUUGCCUGCUCCUCACAUUUCUACCCUUGCGUGUUCUUUCAUUCAUAAACCCUGAAGUCUCUUCCUGGAAUCAUUUGUCUUUUCUACUCCUUGUUAUCAGACACUCCUUCAUAACAUUUCCUCCUUUCUUGAACUAUGAUUCUGACAGCAACCUGAAGGAACAGGUGCGUCGUUUGGGCGAAUUCCUGGAUCUAGUUCUGUCAUUAGAGGCACCCGUUUCCUCGGUGGCUAAGAUCAGGAUAGUUUGGCUCACACACACACACACACAGGGAACUUCAAGGUUGGAUAUCUGCAAUGUAAUCUAUGUGGGGCUACCCUUAAGCUUGAUCUGGAGGCUGCAGCUGGUGCAGAGUGCAGUGGCUACAUUGCUAGCUCCUUAACUUGCUAGUUUCCUUCUGGGCCAAGUUCAAGAUUCUGCUACUCAAACAUAAAGCCAUGUCAUUCAUAGAUAGAUAGAUAGAUAGAUAGAUAGAUAGAUAGAUAGAUAGAUAUAGACCAGGUUACUCAAGAGGCUGCCUUAUCCUUUACCUCUGUUCACUCUCUGAAGCAUGGCCUCCCCUCCCCUCCCUUCCUCUCCCCUUACAACUUUGUCUUCACUGGGGUUGUUUCCCCUGUUUGUAAAUUGUUGUAGCAAUGCAACUCUCCUCCAGCCACCUUUCGAAAUCAUUGGUAAAGGAGACCAGAUACAGCCCUUGGAUCCCAGAAAUAUUAAUUCCACUGGGGAAGGAACUGUUUGAAUUGAAUGGCUGUUUCAAUCUGUAAUGGAUUUGGGACUCCUGAUGCUUUUAAAAGGCAGGCAUUGAAAACACCUAUGGUGUCAGGUUACGUCAUACUGUUCAAUGUUUGCUCAGAUGUGUAUGUGUGCACGCCUUGGUCUAGAGAAUGCUGGUAGGAAGUGUGGUUGGAAUACCUCAGUCAGCAAUCUUCCCCAUGGAAACCAGAAGCGCUUCAUGUCUGGGAGUCAGUGCCAGGCACGUCAGCCUGGCCUAUUAAAGCAACUGACAUCAUAGAUUUCUCGGACUGUGACUGAAUUGUGGUACUAGGCAGCGGCUGUUGCUGAACUGAGGCUCACUGCUUAGCGGUUCAUUGCGAACAAAUACCUAUUGUGUGCAUUACACAUAAUGUACAAUCACUGAAAAGUCAUCUAUAAUGCUAAAGCAUUUUCUCUAUGCAUUGUGGGGAGAGAGGGGGGCUCCUUCACUGCAAGAAACCAGAAAAAUCGAAGUAGUCUGAAAGCAGACCGGAACAGAUGCACUGUUCGUUCUCAAUUAACCUGGAUUUAUUUAAAGUGUCUGAGUACUAAUAAUCUUCUUGCUAGUAUAGCAAAACACUACCUGCAUCGCUCUCUAUGUAGUGUGAGAGAGCCUGGGGAAAGUGCAUGAUCCAUUGUCUCUAACAGUUGCAAAUAACAGAUGGCAGCAUAAUGUGAUUCCGUAUGAAUCCUAAGCACUUUGGCCUUUUAUAAAUUAGGAUUUAUCAAAGAGCCUGCUCUUUCCAGACAAGUGUUGGUGACCCACUGACUAUAAAAGUGGACCUUGCAACUUAAUAACUUUUCUUUCACACAAUUGGCUUCCUGGCCAGACUGAAACCUUAGCAGGAAAAGGAUUCUUUUAACAUGAAAGCAAUUUUGUGAAUUUAUUAGCAAAAUUAUUCAUCUCUACUGAACUCCUCCUCCUCUUCCUCCUCCUCCUUCUUUUCAUUUGAUUGAUUGAUUUUUAAAUGCUAACUUGUAUUACUUUCCUUCAGGGCAAGGACAUCAGCCCUGUGACCUUCCAAAAGUUGUUGGACUACAACUUCCAUCAUCCCAAGCAAUUGGUCAUACUGACUGGGGCUGAUAGGAGUUGUAGUCCUGCAACAUCUGAAGGAUCACAGGUCCCCCAUCCUUGCUAUAUAGAACAGUAUCUCUGGCUGUGGAAUUAAGGGGCUAACAUAAUUAGUAGGGGGUUGGUUCAUAUUUGAUGACCUUGAUGUGUUGCUGCCCCACUCACCUUUGAUUUCUCAGCAGGGCUGCACUCAUGCAGAGGUGCUGAUGUACAUGGGGACAAAACAUGAUGCCUACACUCACAUUAUCACCAGCAACUCUUUACCUCUGUGCUAUCCAGGGCUUAGAUCCAGAACCUGUCCUGGGAGACCAGGGUUCAAAUCCCCCACCCUGUGAAGAAGAUCAUACGGGGACUUUGGGCCAGUCACUCUCCCUCAGCAUAACCUACCUCACAGGGUUGUUGCAAAGAUAAAAUGGAUCUAACCUUUGAGAUGGAUCAUGCAGCUAAUGGAGGAAUGUGCACAAUUCAUUUCCUUUACUCCUCUUAUUGGCAACUUGCCCCUACACCCCCAGCUUUGGGGCCUAAGUUUCAGCAGGUGUAGCUUACUCCUUCUAAAAAAAGUUAAACCACUAGUUCUACAACUGAUCCAUUGCUGUCUAUCAAGUUUCUUUAAACUAGACAUUGGAUACAUUUUUCGUUUGCCGUCUUUGUCUCCAUCUGCUUAGAAAAGCUACAUGUAUUUUACAUAAAUGAACUACAGUGGUACCUCUGGUUACGUACUUAAUUUGUUCCGGAGGUUCGUUCUUAACCUGAAACUGUUCUUAACCUGAAGCACCACUUUAGCUAAUCGGGCCUCCCACUGCUGCUGUGCCGCCAGAGAAACAUGCCAUUCUAUUUUACAAGUCACAAGGGUAGGCUCAGAGCAAGGGUAGUGCCGCCAGAGCACGAUUUCUGUUCUCAUCCUGAAGCAAAGUUCUUAACCCGAGGUACUAUUUCUGGGUUAAUGGAGUCUGUAACCUGAAGCGUCUGUAACCCGAGGUACCACUGUAUUGGAGAUUUUUCUUUUAAGGUUCUCCUUUUGUAGUGUAAUUUGGUUUUGUUGCUCUGAUUCCCUUCAGUUUAACACAAGUGCUAUGACAAGUCAAAAGGGACAGCACAGUUUGUAUCCUAAAGCGACACACAGAAAAUUGCUUACUGGAGAAUGUAGAUUAUUCCAAGUAAGAGUGAGCUAAUAUUGGGAAGGGAUGAUGAUGAUUUUAAAUGCAUCACUGACACCGUGAUAAAUGUUUUCAGCUCGUACGGGUUAAGCAGGAUUUGCUUAAAAUAAACUCCUGAGCAGCUAGAGGAACUCUAGCAUUCUUUUGCUUCUGAGCCUACCCUUGUGACUUGUAAAAUAGAAUGGCAUGUUUCUCCACCAAACUGCUGCGACCGUCUAAUUCUGUAUAAGCUUCAGGGAUAUUGCAUUCCUUCUUGCUCUUGGUUUCAGUAUCAAAGAAACACCAAACAGAAUAACUUGAAUUAUAAGAGUUCUAUUUCUAUUUGCAGUAAAAAAUGAAAUAAAAUAUGGAUGCAAGGGGCAAAAGAUAGUGUAUGAAGGUCAGGGAAAUCGGAGAGGUACCAGUGACUUGAUGAGCAACACAAACAGAAAUAGGAGUUUCGAAAAUAGAAAAAAAAAUUGUAGUUCUCAUUUCAUAUUAUAUUUCAUGGACCUGAAGUCAGGUGACUAUAUGACUGCUGGCAACCCCUGUCUUUCUGGCAGUUGCCCCCCCCCUUCAAAAUAUGAGCGCACAUAAUGUUGUUGUUCUUAUUGGACACUGCUGGGGAAGUUCCAGCACCUGAUAGCCACACCUGGUUAGGCCCUAAGGGUCUAUUUCCCCUGUAUUUCUACUAUGGUACCCACCAUGUCAUUUCUGUAAUGUUUAACUGCGUUUGAAAAAGCCCAUCAAAUGUAUGUAAAGGAGCAACCAUUGUGAUUUUCAGGUGUGCUUCUUAGGUGCCAUUGGAUUCCUUAAUGUUUUUCAGACAUUACAAAAAAGACACAAUCGGACUCCAAUGAAAAUAUUGAGGUAUUGUCAUGGACUGGUUGGAUACAGAGGAAUGGUAGAAGGAACCAGCCUGGGAACCCCCAAGGGAAGAAGGCUCAGAGCCCGGGGAUUGGUGGUGGGACAACAAUGAGCGGUCAGAGGGAGAAGACUGAGGGGGAGGAGGUGUUGGAAGCUGAAGAGGUAACGUGAGGAGGGAGAGUCUGUGGCAGGGGGUAGUCUUGAAUCAGCAAUAGAAGUGAAACCAAGAAAGUGGGAUGUGGGAGGCCAAGAGACAGAGAUCAUUAAAGUGGGUGAAGAAGCACAGGUGUCCCCCUCUCCUGCUGCAACAAGAUCUCCCUUCCCCCUGGUGUCCCCAGGACCAAAAGAGGCAUGAAGUGGGAGGAGCAGAGACAGACCCACAGAUGCAGUCUCAGAUUGCUUGAGAAAAACUCACUUAGGUCUUCAGUCUCCACAGCUGCCUUGGAGGGACAAGGCCUACUGAAGAAGAGUUUCUGUACUCAUUUGGCCUGGCACUCCUGUGUGGAUCCUAUUUCUUCUAAUAAAUAGUUAACUUCACUUACUCAGUGUGAUUUGCUGCUGUCUCACUCCUGAUAGGAAUCUACCCUUUUCAGCCAUGCAGCCCUCAAAUGUAACCUUAAGGUUUAGAAAACAGCAGAGGAAAUUUUAUAUAAGUGUUCCAAAUUGGAUCAGUGAGAAACUCUUGCAGAGGAAUGUGCUCAGUGGUCUGUAAUGAAAAAGAAUUAUAAUUAAAAUAAUUGCCUUAUUUCUCAUGUAUUAAUUUUUUCUAUGUUAAGCUGCAUCCUCAGACUUUUUUGGUGCUGCUCCUGGUAAUUAGCAAGGGGCAUUCAUGGAGGUAACACCCAUAUUCUAGUAAUUGUUCUAUUCCUAUAUAUAGCAAAGUAUCUCUUAGACUGCUGAUCCCAUGUUUAAAUGGUUUGGAUAUUUAUUUCUCUUUGACUGUGACCCCAGUGGAAUACCAUGUGCCUGUUGCAGAGAGCUUCAUACAAAUGUGCCUUCUCAGAGUGAAGGAUACUUCCGAGAACUUGCAAUAGUAGACAAUACCUUAGGCUGCCUGAGUUAUCUCUCUGAUGCUUUAUCUUGUCAUAUUUGUCUGAGUAACGGUGAAUCCUUAAUGGAUCGUCUUAAGUGGCUAAUGUCAGGAAGGUUAGUCUUCUAACUUUUAACAAGAGAAGCAUAAUGCAAUUUCAAAAUGAAAGCUUUACUCACACAACAUAUCAAUGCUCUUUGUUCAGUUAGUAAUUUUAAACUAUAUACAAUAUAAUAUCCUUUCCUUUCGAAGCAAAUUUGGGCUUAAUCUUUAUAUUCAUUUAUCUUGCACUUCUCAUCUUAUAAAAAUUAAAAUGCAAGUUCUCCCCCCCCCAUCAGCUGACUAUCAAAAGCAGUGAAGUGCUUGCUCAUAAAAAUUUGAAUGGGAAAGUUUCCCAGAAAAUGUUCUGUUGCUGUGAAUUGGUGGAUAUAGGAUUGGGCUUGCUUGCUUUUUAGUUUUGUUUACAUAGUGAAGUAUGCAGUGUGAAUUUUAUGUGCCAUAUGAAUAAAUGAAUCAUUACAUGGUGGAACUAAUUAUUUGUUCUAAAGUUAAAUUAUUUGUCCUAUGGUUAAGUUGGGAUACUUUUUAAAAGGCUCUUUUGUUUCUAUACAUUGCACAAUCUGUGUUUAGUAUGUCUUGUAAACAUCCAGUACCAUGAAGCCUUUUGUUCAUGCUUUAGAUUUGAGGGGGGGGGUAGUUUUGUGUUUGUUGUUUUGUUAUUAACCAACCCAGAAAUAGAGGCAUUAAGUCACCAUGAAAAGUUCUCCAGGGGUAUGGUUUUGGGGGAUGAAUGGAAAGGGGAAGCGAUAGCUUGGAGCACUGCUGAGCCCAAAUUUAAACUUGUUAAGAAGCCUAAUUUUAAACAUGUGAUUAGCAGAGGCUGAAGAGAUUUAGAAGUUGGCAAGCAAUCAAAGUAGAAAAAGUACUAGAAGUUUCAUUUUUUUAAUUUUGAUGUACAGAUGAAGUAAUACAGCCCCAUAAUUAAGUGUGGGGAGGGGAGAGCACCAGCUGUGGAAUGCUAAUGUAGGAAAUGUAACUUGGAAAAUGAUCAAAAAUACUGAAAACAAGUGAAUAUAGUAUUGUGAUGGUCAAAAUGUAUUCACUUAACAUUUAGUAUUAAGCAUUCAUAAUAUAGCGCCUAAUCCUACAUCUGUUUUUUCUCUGAAGUGAGGACUGGAUGAUCCUUGUGGUCCCUUCCAGCUCUACAGUUCUAUGUGUCCAAUAAAGCUUCCUCCCAAGUAACUGUACAUAGGAAUGUGCCAUUCCCUUAAAUAAGGGCAGAGCAGUAGAUUUUCCUGGCUCAGAAAAGUGACUGUUUUGUGCAUCAAAAUCGAGCCCGAGUUAGUUGUACACAAGGUUGAAUUCUGGGAUGCUGUUUCAUGGUGUUUUACCUUGACAUCAAAAGAUUGCUUCAGGGAUUCAUCUUAUUUCUCUAAAAUAUUUGUGCUCAAAAUGGCUCUCAAAAGCAAAAAAUAAAAAUUAAGGCAGCAACAUUUAAUCAAUUUUCAUUUCCCACUACAGUCAAACCUCGUUCUGCGUCCGCCUCUGUGAACGUCCGUGGCAAACCCGGAAGUACUGGAAUGGGUUACUUCCGGGUUCGCCACUCGAGCAUGCACAGAAGCGCUAAAUCGUGCAUGCGCAGACACAGCACUUCGAUGUGUGUCAUUUUCGGGUUGCGGCGGGACCCCCGGAAUGGAUCCCCUCAUAACCCGAGGUUCCACUGUAGUUGGAGAGCAGCAACAGGAAAAGGCUAUGUUGCACUCAUGUCUUGCUUGUGUGGCUUCCCGCAAGCUGGACUAAAUAAGGCCUUGAGUCUGAUCCAGCAGAGAUCCUCUUAAAUUCUAUGAUGAAGAGACUAAUAUAGUGCAUUUAUAUAUAUAUAUAUAUAAAUUUAUAUUGACAAACAGAUCCCUUGAUUGAUCAGGAAGUUUAUGUGUUAUAGAUAUAGACAUAUAUAGAUAUAUCAUUGUUUUUCCCAGCAUGCACACUUGUUUGAUCAACCCAGGGCUCAAGACAAUUGAUCAAGGUUUUUUUUAAAAAAUUGAGAUGAUAGCACUAAUCUAAAUAUAUGUAUAAAGAUCUGCUGUCACCAGAUUUCCUCUCCAAUUACCUCAAGGGUAACUUGGUGAAAAUUGGUUGCAGUAAGCUCCUUUUCUUGUAAUAUAGUUUCAAGUCUUUGUUCCUCAGAAUUCUUCACCAUACAAUAUUUUAUCCACAGCAGGAAGUAGUAGGAUGAAUAGAAAUAAGGCUAGAUGUUGAAGCCAUGAAGUCACCCUAUAGGCUCCACUUAAGGAUACCAUGCUCACUGGAAGGACAGAUCGUGAAGCUGAGGCUCCAAUACUUUGGCCACCUCAUGAGAAGAGAAGACUCCCUGGAAAAGACCCUGAUGUUGGGAAAGAUGGAGGGCACAAGGAGAAGGGAACGACAGAGGACGAGAUGGUUGGAUAGUGUUCUCGAAGCUACCAGCAUGAGUCUGACCAAACUGCGGGAGGCAGUGGAAGACAGAAGUGCCUGGCGUGCUCUGGUCCAUGGGGUCACGAAGAGUCGGACACGACUAAACGACUAAACAACAACAACAACAACAACAACAAGGAUACCAUUGCUCUGAAAUUUUUUGCUGCAUCAAUUGUGGAAUUGAAUGACAUAACCCCACAUUGUAUUGAAAUAUUAUUCAGAUAAGAUAGUGUUCUGCCUUUUCAGAAUAAAAACUUUUCACCUCUUACCUCAUUAAGGUCUGGUUCUUAUCCUUCCCCACUUCUUUGAAAUCCUUUAGUCAUUGCUGGAAGCAGCUCAGCCAGUUCUCAGUACAUUUUGCAAAAUAGGGCUGAGUUCAGCCAUAAAUCACCAACAUUUCUUUAUUUCAUUAAAAAAAAAAGUGUGUGCCCUGUUUGCUCUUCAAUGUUUCUAUUGCCAGGGUGCCUUGCAGACUCCUUGGGGAGAAAGGGCAGGGCAUAAAUCUAAUAAAUAAAAUAAUAAAAGAAGGGUGAUGUUAAAAACUGCAGAUAACCUUUACCGUUUCAGUGAUUAGUUUAUGAAAGCACACAAAGUCAAGUUAAAAACCAAUGCAGAUAAAUUAAAAAGUUUGGGAGAGUAAGCAGGUUUUGACCUGGUGCCAAAAAUAUAGUAAAUUAGGCGCCUGGUAAGAGGAAUCAUUUGUUACUACUGUUAACAAGGCCCCCUCUCCUCUUCUCACCUACCUAACCUCAGAAGGUGUUAGCAGACAGGUAAGAACCUCCAGAGAUUUUUGCAAUAUACAGACAGGCUCAGGUAGAAGAAAAUGGAAGAAAGUAAUGCCAAGGAGGCUGAUAGCCAACCACCAUGGUACUUUUUGGGGGGCAGGGGGUUACAUGUAUCUCUACAAGGUACUUUAGGAACUGAAGUUAAGGUUUGCUGUCUGAAAAGCUACAUAGUUGAAACAGGUAUGUUUGGUAGGUAUGACAACCUUACAGUACAGUUAUUCCAAGGUAUUCCGUACAGGUGUAAGUGGGCUCAUGUGCUUUCAAACUCCUAAUGCAAUCCAGUAGUUACAUCCUGCUUUUUAGUAUGCCCAAAACUUCAGCCAAGCAUCUACACCUGCCAAGUAUAGCAGGCUUAUUUCCCUAUGCACAACUUAUGUUCCACCACACAGAGGGUGGGCAAGUAUUUGUGCUCCUCCUUCCCCCACUCCUUUGGAAUGGCUUUAAUUAAACAUUUCCAGAUUGAUGAUGAUCCAUAUUCCCACCUCCUCCAGAGUUUUCUCGAAGCCAUCACUUUAAUCAGUUUUAAUUAUAAGGAUGUUCCUCCUCUUCUUCUCACCCUUAAUUGUCUGCUGUUCUCUUGCUUUUUAUUUUUAAUUUGUGCAGUUUCACUUCAGCAAAAUGGUGCAAACAGUAGUAAGUUGUAAGUAUCCAAAGAAUAGGACUUACUUAGGAUAGCAGCCUUCUGCUGCUGCCUAUUUGUGGUUGUAGAACAGGUGUGGAGAACCUGUGACCCAUGGACCAAAUUUGGUUCUCCAGGCUGUUUCAGCCAUACCACACUUGCCUGCCCUACACCUGAUGUCAUAUUUUAUUAAGUAUGGAACCAACAAAUCUGAAGUUCAGCUGAAAGGGGCUUUACAGACAAUGUAUGUUGGCAGUGGCUGAAAAGCCUCUUCUGCAGCACUUCCCAUUGACAGAUGUCAAUUAUCUGGCGUCAUUAUCACAUCAGAUGAUUCACUUGUCACAUUUGGCCCCAUGGAAAUGUGGAGUGUGGGGAGAUUAAAAAAUCUGUCUUGGAGGUGGGAAACAAUUUCAGCUCAUCAUUACUCUCCACCUGCUGUGGGGAAGCUUUUUGGUCCAGCAAGCCAGAUUCUUAUCUCUCCCCACCCACCGUGGCCACUAACUGAAAUGUACUGCUGUGCUCAGGAGCAGCAUCAGAGGGAGGCCUCGAGUAAUUGUAUGUAUUUGGGGCAGGCGUGAUCUCAUGGCAGUCACUGGGCGAGGGAGCAGUGUUGGUCAUCAGGCCCACUGUAGGGCCAAGUUAGGAGGUGGAGUCACUGUAGCAGAGAGAUGCUGCAGGGCAGAAUCCUGCUAGCAACAACCAACCCACCUGGUGCUUAGCUCUCCAGCUUUAGAAGAAAGACAAAGGUCCUUACUACUUCCUAACCAUAGGCUCCCUCAAUUUAGUUAAUUGGGCAAAAGCCAUCAGGAGGAGCAACAGGAAGCAAGUAGUUAGACCAAAGGCACCAGGACCAGGCUUGAAUUAAAGAGAUUAUUUCCCUGAAAUUGCACUUUGCCGGGCUGCACUGGUCAUAAAAGACACAGUUCAUCUGAGGACACUUUAGGGCAAUCGCUUUUAAAAUGUAAUGAUAAAAACAGUUGCGCUAAACAUAUUCCAAAGAAAUUAAUCAAUGUGGACUUCUCCCUUCUCCAUAGAAAGAAAUGUCUGACAUGUGAUUGCCAGGCUUCCUUCAGUGUUAAGCCAAUAAAAUAAUAUGCCAUUAAUUAGAGGCAGUUUCAGUAUGUUAUUUAGCUUGCGGUAAUUUUUACUGUCUCUUCUGCUCUCUUUCCUGUAGUGAUUUAGAUCGAUUGGUUGUGUUAGUGAGAAUCGGUCUUUAAAAUCCAUUAAGUUCUGGUCUCUGUGAAAAAGAUUCUUAUCUGGCACCUUUCAAAGGAAAUGUACUCAACAAAAAGUUUCCUUGUUCAUGACUUCUGAAAUAGAUCUUUUUGGAGGAACAGUAAGUCCUGUGAUUCCAGCUUAAGCCAAAACUUUGCAGGUUAAGGGUGAAUCUACUAUUUUUUUAUGUUUUGUGGGAAAUGCACCCCAUUUGCAAAGCAUCCAGAGGGGGGGCUUACAGCACAGUCCAAACCCAAGAUCUGCCAGGAUGAGUAAGUUUGGAAUAGGUGGAUUUUGGGCUUUCCCACUUGAGCCAGGGCUUCAUUGGUGUAAUACUUCCUUCAUCCCUGCUCAACUUGGAUGAACCCUGGGCUAUGCUAACUCUGCGGGCGAAAUUGGCAUAAGUUUUUAAAAAGGGGUGUUCCAGAGAUGUGGCAGGGGGAGGAUGGAGAAAGGAGAGGCUUACACCUAUUCAGGUUGCGUUUAGCUCAGUCACGUGACCUGGCAAACUGGUGGAACUUGUGCAGACAAAAGGACUGGUGCAAGGCAAACUCUAUUUUAAAAGCUUGGCUUCCCUCAGGCAUGCUCAGCCAGCAGAAGCUCCACUCCUAAAAGGAGUUUGGAAUAUGAGUAACUUAUGCUGGCUUAAUUUAAGAUGAUGUAAAUUCUGAUGGCUUCCUAUCUGUAGGACUGCUCUGCCCCACAUUGAAAUUGGGUCAUUCAGGUUUUUGUCAUUUUUUUAAUUACCAGACUUCGCCCAGAAAGGUUAGAUCUGAAUUAAGGGGAGGAAAAGAAUUGAACUGGCCUUUUUGAUGCCACCAAUGCUGCAUGAAUAUUGUGAAACAGUUUGUGAUGAGAACCCAUCCCACAAUAAGCAGCUGUCUAGAAGCAAACUGUCUGUGUUUGCUUUCUGUAUUAAGAAAGGCCUGCUUCGGGCUGCAGGAAAUAUAUACUACUUCACAACUGGAAUUCCUUUUUAAACAAACUAACAAAGUCAUCACCUGGUUUUCCAAGUUUCCAAAAGCUAGAUUUUUAAAAAUAUAUUGGUGGAAUUAGUUUUCAAAAUUAAUGAAAUAAUAUCUAGCCACCUGGCUGUAAUAAACUCAGUGUCUACAGUGGUACCUCGGGUUACAUACGCUUCAGGUUACAUAUGCUUCAGGUUACAGACUCCACUAACCCAGAAAUAGUACCUCGGGUUAAGAACUUUGCUUCAGGAUGAGAACAGAAAUCGUGCUACGGCGGCAGCAGGAGGCCCCAUUAGCUAAAGUGGUGCUUCAGGUUAAGAACAGUUUCAGGUUAAGAACCGACCUCCGGAACAAAUUAAGUACUUAACCUGAGGUACCACUGUACUUGCUUCAGUUAAUGAGAACCUGAGACAAAGGCAAUAUUGGAGCACUCACACACCACUGGUCAAACACCUAAUAUAGUAGAGCAUGUUGCCGAGGAAUGUUUGGCCUUUAUGCGGGGGCAGAGGGAGGCAAAUUUCAGAGAUUAAUGAAAGGUGAGAUAUGGCAAGCCUAUUAUUUACUAUUCCCAGUCCAUGCCUGAAAUUCUGUGGCCUGAUUAAACAAUGAAUUGCUACUGUUCAAGGAAUGGAAGUCUUUCCUUUUGAGAAGUUAGCAUUGCAUGAGUUUUAUUCUGAGAAUUGUGCCACGUCUUCUGCCAGAGAGCACUGGAAAGGUAACAUCUCCUGCCUGUGUAUUCCUCCAGCUAGCAUCUAUCCACUGACACCAUCCCUAGCUGACUGUGGCAGCAGUUGUGCUGCUGUCUAGCACCUGCCCAUUCAAGAAAGAGAUCGAAGUGCUGCAGAUGCAAUGCACUUGCAUUCUGAGCAUGCAUAGGUUGUAGCCACGUCUGGGGAAAUAGAUCAGUGGGUAAUGGGUGGAGCCAAUCCAUCUGCUGGCAGACAAAUAGAGGAGACUGGCCACAGGGCCCCCCCUUUGUUUUCCACAUCUAAUACUAUGCUUUACCCAACAUAGUACAGUAUAGUACUACAAGGCAUCAAUGGGAAAUGUGGGUGCUGGGUGUUACAUUUUUCACUCUGCAUCUUCAGCAAUAAUACUUGCUUAGUGGAAGAAGAGUUCACAAUUUGAAAAGGGAAGUUUAGGGUGGGAUGAAUGAGCAUAAGCUGUUUCAUUGUUUUCAUGAAGAUUGUUUUGAGCGCUAGCUGUAUACUUCUUAUGGAAAAGUAUUCGUGCUUUUCAUCAAGUAUUGCUGAUGACGCUUUUGACGGGGCAGGGGGAAAUUCACAACCCUAAGCUGCAACCCUAAGCUUGUGUAAAAGGCCAACUAAAUCAUGUGUUUUAUUUAUGAAUAUAAAUACAGUAUGCUUAGUUUAUGUGUUUAGGAUUGGAAUGCAGUUCUGUCAUACUGAUCCCCAUGUAUAUAACUGCCCAGUGAUUGUACCAAAAACAUCCCCAUGGACGCCACAGAGUGGAAGGCAAGUGAAAACUUUGCAAUUAGUUAGAGGUUUUCCCCCUAUGCAUUUUAGAAUAGCAGGAUCAAGAAAGGUACUUAUCUCAGUGCAUCCCAGAAACCUUUUGUGCUCCCCCUACUAUUUUCUAAAAUCUAUUUGUGUAGAGAUCAUAAUACAAGCUGCAGUGAGCAAAAUAUAGGCUUUCCACAGAGUGCUAUAUUAGCCCGAGUUCAUAUCUCAUAACCUAAGACGGCUACUCUGUCUUGGUUAACUGUGUGUUCAUUCAAGAAGAAACGCUUCGGGAAUUGGCAGUGUACACGACCGUACUAAAAGCCUACAGCUUAAAGCUCACAGGUGACAAAUCUCUGGGAAAUGAAAUUCUGGUUCUCUUGAUAAGUUCACAGCACAUGAUUUCUAGCAUGCUUGAAUAAUUCCUGACCGUGACACAGCUGCUUCGCGGCCCACCUGAAUAUGUCAUUCUGAACUCCUUUGUCAAGUAAUUUCCACUCUGUCUGGCACUGGAUGAACAAAUAUCUCACGCUGCCACAAUUCUAUUUGGGUUGAGAAGAGUUGAAAUUUAUAUAAUAUUCUUUUCUCCCUGAUCUAGAGCACAGCAAGUGUCACCAAAGCUACUGCUCUGUGUGUACUUGGGAGCAAGUCUAGUUGAAAUAGGUGACUGAAUUUGAAUCACGUGCGUAUAUAAUCAGGACAGAUUUCUUUGGAAUCAGUGGGACUUGCUUCCACUUAAAAUAUUUUUGAUUGGAUUAUUUGCAUCUUACGGGUCUUAUUCUUAAUUUGAUGGGAUAAAUUUAAGGCAAAAAUAAUCAGACAAACAUUUUAAAAUGCAUUAUUUAGAAGGCACCUAACAUUUCUUAGUGCCGUGCAAAAGGUUUGUAACCUAAGGAUAAAGACAAGGCACAUUGGUGAGGAAGGGAGAAAGAAAGUAAAAGGGGAGAAAGGUAUUAGCCAGGUGAACUGAUGUGUUCUAAGGAGGCACCUAAAAAGGGCAGCCUACUAAUAAGGAACUGCAAGGGGAAAGGGGUGUAGGUAAGGAAUAGAGAGGUUGUGUUUUAUAUAAGCAUUUAUUCAUUUUUAUUAGUUCCAUAUCGUGCCCUUCCUUCCAAGGGGAUCCCCAAACAGCUAACAACAGAAAAUAAUACAAAUGAUAACGCAUCAGUCAAAACAUACUAUAAAUGACAGCAGUUAAUAUCUUCCAUCAAUGCAAUUGACACCUUCUUCAGUUAUGCUCCCACGGGCCUGGUAAAUAUACCGUAUUUUUCGCCCUAUAGGACGCACUUUCUCCCCUCCAAAAAUGGAGGGGGGAAAUCUUGUGUGCGUCCUAUGGGGCGAAUACAGGCUUUCGCUGAAGCUUGGAGAGCGAGAGGGGUCGGUGCGCACCGACCCCUCUCGCUCUCCAGGCUUCAGGAAGCUAUCAGCAAGCCUGGGGAGUGCGCGGGAUUUCCCACAGGGCUCCCUAGGCUGCGGAUAGCAGCCUGCCGCCCGGCGUGUAAGGGGCGCCCUGAAGCAGAGCGCCCCUCGCGCCAGGCAGACAUCGGCCAGCCCCACAAGCUCGGGGGACAGCGGGGAGGCGCAGCGACCCCAUCCAGCUGUUCCCCGACCUGGUUUUGGGGGGGAAAUAAAGGGGGAAAAUUUUUCCUUUAUUUCCCCCCCAAAAAACUAGGUGUGUCCUAUGGGACGGAGUGUCCUAUGGGACGAAAAAUACGGUAGGUACAUUUUAACAUGCUGCCUUAAUAUAGCCUAUGUGGGGGAAUGCCUGAUUUUCACCUUGGUGGGAGUUGUAUAAUCAGGGCACCACCACCAAGAAUGCCCUGCCCCUUCCUGAUCCUGCUGAUGGGACCACCCAGGGCCUCUCUCUCUCAAUUGUAAAGUCUGGGUCAGAAAGUACAGGGGCAGGUGCUCCUUCAGAUACUUUUGUUACUGCCUUUUAUUCUCUGCUGAGUUAGUUGUGUUGUGGUUCCAUUUGAGUCCUUGGAUUCUGACCAGGAGUGGGAAGCACCAGAGUAUAAGGAGGAGAGGGGAGGGGGAUGAGACUAUGCAGCAGCAUCCAGCAAUCUCUCCCAGGGACAGGUGGGGAGGCACAUUUCUCGGGUUUUCUGCCUCUCCUUAAAAGUUUGAUGGGAGAACUUGUUGGAACAACGUUACAGUUCCCAUGCAGUCUUGGACCUCUUGCUGUAAUCUUGGACUCUUGAGCCUUGGCCUUUGCCCUUAGAUUGGAUUGUUGUUGCUGUUCCUCUGCACUGUGAGAGCACCUGGACUCAAUUCUACCCUUUCCUAGUUGCUGGGUUUGUACUGUUGGACUGAUAUACUUCCUUACUUAGAAGAAAACUCCUCGGUUGCCUGGUUUUGGAUAGGAACCAGAGCAGGUUCUAGUUUACACUUCUCUUAAUAUGCCUUUUCUGUAUUUAAUUCCUGUCAGUUUCUUGACUUUUAUACAGGAUCUUGGAAUCUUAAAGUUUUCAUUUGAGUAAAAGAACCCAACAUACAUAAUAACCUAGUUUCUUGUCUGCAUUUCUAGAAUGAGAGCUUAAGCUGUGUCCCUCUGUCUCUGAAAUGAGGGGAAUGAGCUCGGAAUCAGGAAUGUUGUGGAGCAUGGUAAUCUUGUAAGAUGGAAAAUGCUUGAGGAAAAAUCUGUUUAAUCAGAGUGCCAAUGCAUGAAACAAACUGAAGUUUUGCAUGGUCUAUAGAUUAUGUGGCUAAAAGCCAGAAAGGAUGAAUCAACCAAAGUAAUUCUUGACAUCUUAGCAUUAAUGGAUUUUCACUUCAUUAAAAUGCAUAUGUGUGGAGAGAGAAAAUAAGGCAGUAAAUUUGAGAAUGAGUACAAGUGCAUUUUGUAUUGACUACAGUUAAAAAGACACCACCCAGCAUUUGAAACCUUGUGUUUCAGCUCUCCUUGAAAUAAGUAAUUGAUUCUGUAGAGGAAUGCCAGUUGCAGUUUAAUUUCCCUAAUCAGUACUACAGCACUGCCAAGUAGCUGCAAUGCAGUUAGCAGAGAAGUAGGUUAACUACACCUCUGGUCUAGUAUGGUAGGCAAUUUGGUUCAAGAGUAGCUUAGCACAUCAUCUGUGUUUUUCCUCUCCACACAGGCACUCAUGAGAGCACUUCUAGAGGAAAAGUCGCAUCUGAACACAUAUGAGAAGCAGAUCUUAGGUUUAACUGUUCUGAAUAUUUUGAAUAUUAUAAAUGCUUUGUGGAGCAACUGCAGGUAUUUCUUGAUGAGACUGAUUAUCUAGAUCCACUACAACCUGGGUUCAGACCUAAAUCCAUAAAACUGACCUGGGCCAGUUAGUAGGAAAUUCAAAAUCAGAUAAUCUGUCUUUUGAAGUGUUGAAUCCUUGUUUUGUGUUUUCGCCCCGUUGAGAGGAUGAUCAAAAAGAAUGGUCAAGUAAUCACUUCUAAAUCAGCCACAAGAUAACAACCCUGAAUAUUAUCAACAAACAACCAUGCUUUGGUAACCAUAGCAAGCUUAAUUAUCCUUAUUUGAACUGCAGGAAUUUCAACUAAUCUAUAAUCUAGUUUGAAAUUCUAGUCACAUUCUCUUUUGUUCAUGGUAAACAAUAGCCUCUCCUUUUUGCUUGUUAACUUGUAACAUUGCUAUAACAGAGUCAUGUAUCUCCUCAUUGCUUUUGUAAUAGAUCAUUUCAAGUUUUGGACUAUUGUAAUUUGACUGUGUAGAAUGAGUUAAGCAUUGGAAGCUGUCUGCUGGGUUUGAUUUAUGCCUCUGAAAAUAUUGGAAACAGCUGACAUUCAAGAAAAAAGCACAUCUAGAAUCUAAAGAAAGGUACUCAGUACUUCCUCAUGGGAUAUUCAUUUCCUCCCCUCUCAACAUUUAGAGGUCCUAUGAUAUUCUCACUCUUAUAAAAUCAAGAGUUGUGGAAUUUCUACCCUCAACACACCAGUGCUUAGUGUGAAAUUAUUGUAAACCAUCUUAAGCUUUCUUCUCAUUUGUGUAAUCUUGCCUCAGAAUCUUGAAGAAUCAGAUCCUUGUGGAUUCACAAAAUGAGCAGGUGGGUGGUCAAGCAUACACAGACCUUUCUGUCCCAGGGGAGGGACAAUGUAUCCUUGUGCAGGCUGGUAUGCCAGUGAUCAUGUGUCAUGGCUGUAGGCUGGCGGGAGAAAAGAUAAGAAUCUCUCUCUCCUCUACAGGCAGGAUGGAAGUAGGUUCCUCUCCUUUCCCCACACGUAGUUGGUUAAGUGGUUUGUGGUCAGUUAUUCAGUUAUUAUCUCUAGCAACCAAGUUGUUGAAUGAAUCUCUGAUUAUUUUCACCUGUUCAUUUUUUAUAACAUUCCCAGCUUCAUUAACAAAAGCUGCAGGGACACAUGUUUUGAUGGUUUAAAGACCAACUGGAGCGCAAAACCUCAAGACAUUUAUACAAUAAAACAGGGUAUUUUUUUGUUAUUUGUUUUGUAUUCUUCUGCUCUUGUAUGAGCCAUUCGGUAUGUAGAAAAUGUGACCUAAUCCCUGCUUUGUUAAUGAGAUAUACUUCAGAAAAUGCGGGUUUCUCCUUUGCAUUGAGCCUGUUGCCUUUGCAAUGCAAACAAAUCUACUUGUUUCAGAUUCCAGUAUUAAUUUAGUCUUCAGUUUUGCUCUCUUUUUUUCCAUCUAUGCUCCAGAUAGGCACCCUGCCUCUCCUCCUACAUGUAAGUCCAAAUACUGUAGUGCCUUAUUUUUUAAAAAGGGAAUUCUGUGUUUCAUUUAAGGGUCAUUCCAUAGCAAUUGAUCCAGCUUUUUUUGUAACUUAAAUUUAAAAUUUAAAGUAAGUUCAGCAUGUGAUAUAUAAUACUAAAGCUCAUGAAGUUCUGAAGAGACUGGUGUUUUUAGUUUUGACAUCUAUCAAUUAUGGGCUGAGUUUUUAAGGUUUCUGUGUAGUCCGACAAGGCCAAAAUCGUCAGUUUUUUGAAAUUUCAACCUCUCAUAACUAAAAAAUGGGAUGAGAUUUUUUAAAAAACCCUAAAAAUGUUGUUGGAUCACAACACCUAUUAUCCUUAAACAAUGGCCAUGCUGGGCCAGGGUUGAUGGAAGUGAACAUCUGAAAGGCUCCAUGAUGGUACCCCCACCUUAGAAAGAAAUUACCAUCUCUCAGCCAUCAACCAACGUUACUAAAAUGACAAGAGGUCCACUGUUCUUAUAACUAAAAAUAUGACUUAGCUUUUUAAAAAACAAUUCCCUUUUAAAAACCUGACCUAAAUGGGCUUAAGAAGCAUUUCGUAGAUGGAGCUUCCACUCACGGAAGGACUUCUUUCAUGAGUGCAGCUCUCCUUCUGUAAGCAGAAGUGGGAAACAAGCAGUAGAUGUUUGAUUACUUAGACUUAGAUUAAAACUAUCAUGUGUUUCUCUUGCAGUAGCAGAGAAAUAUGAUAGGUUUAGAUAGCUUCAUAAUUAUUUUCCCUUUCAAAUUCUCAUGAGAGUUUUCCAGGGCUGCUUGUCUAAAAAAGGAAUAUAUAUAUAUAUAUAUAUAUAUAUAUAUAUAUAUAUAUGGAAGUUGUUAACUUCUUCUGCAGACAAAUAAAUGUCUUGUAAGCAGAAUUUCAAGGAAGGCAAAUUACCUGAUGAGAGAUACAGAUGGAACUUUCUGACUUACCAGAUAAAGCAGAAACUUCUGUCCAUUCUGGGUGUAUUUCCUAGAAUCUUGACUAGUUCCAGAAGCUGAAACGAAUAUAUCGGUAGCUUGUUUUGUGGAUUUUAACUCCAUGGUUCUUGGACAACUUUUGAGGUCACUGGACAAAAUGGUGAUUUCUUCGGAAUAGGAGCCAGCACUGCUGCACUGAGCAUGCCAAAUCACACAAAGGUUGAAAUAUUAUGCUGCAGGAUUUCUCUUCUUCCUUCAUCUACUUCAGGGAUGGGGAACGUGUGAACCACAAGAUGUUGUUGGACUACAAUUCCUAUCAGCUCCAACCAGCAUAGCCAGUGGUCAGGGAUGAUGUAGGUUGUCUAAUAAUGUCUUUGGGGCCACAGCUUCCACUCCCUGGACAUAUCUGAAUCAUCAUUGGAGCGGUGGAGGGAUGGGUAGUCAAGAACAUCCAACUUUUGCAUGCAGAAUGCCAGCGGAAUUCAUUAAUUACCCCAAUAAUUUUCUUUAUAGCUCCUCUUUCUCCAUUUCUUCUACUGUUGCCAUUUGCAAUAUAUAAAAAGCAUGUCUGAUGUGCUGUUAAAGUAGUUCAAACAUGCCUAUUUGCACCAUCCUAUAAAUGUUGUCAUUACAUUUUUAUUUUAUUUUUUUUAGUGGAAAUACUUAAUAGAUGCAAAGAAGAAGCAACUUGGUACUUUUUGUGAGCUGGCUGGUUUAUAUUCUGGAAUAAUACACUUUAACUCUGCACAGCGAGGUGAACAAGGUUUUGUCUGGCUUUGAGAUUCUGUCUGAGGUGUUUGACCAAUGGAACACAACAGUUACUGGCUUCCAAAAUCAUGUUGUGGUUCUUUCUGAGUUAAUAUGUUUUGGGCUUUAAAAUUUCCAUGAUACAUGAGCAUCUAAUCUAAGGAGUGAAGAAGUCAGGGCAAACAGAGAUUCCCCCCUCCCCCAAUACAUGUUAAACUUGUUCAAGGUUUACAGGAAGCUCAUGUUGUAAGUACAACAUAAGUCUUAAACCAACAGCUAUGCUUAUCUUCUUUGAAAGUCCUUGUUCUGUGUCUGCAAGUCUGGUUGUGGUAGGUUGUUUUUUCCCCUGACAAGGAACAAAUGAAAUAGCUACAUAGUGGGUCCCAGCUCCUUUGCAUUCUACUUGUCUUGAGGGAUAUCACUUGUCACUCUUACCAUAUUAUUUGUAAAAGAAAAAUGGGAAGUCUCAAAUUCUCUUUUGUUUCUCAGGUGGGAGGAUAUCUUGCUGAGCUCAGGAACCUGGUAUUUUCCCCAGUUUUAUUUUACAGGUUGAUGAUACUAAGUUACCGGUCUGCAUGCGUUUGACAGCGGCUUCUGUCAUAGCUCUUGGCUCUCCUGCGUCUUUCUCACCCUUUUCUUAAACUUAAUAAGUUUUAAAACUUACUGUGAGUCUGGGCAUACUGCAGAGUGCAGUGCUGGUAAAACCUGAUCCACUCAACAUCUUAAUUUUGUAGGACAGCUACAUAUAUAAAAUAACAUAUGUGAAAUUGUGCCAUGGGACUUUGUCCUGAGUUGUUUAAGCGCCUAGUGAUGCCCCUGCCUGUUGGUUUGUGGCAAUUUUUUAUCUCAUCACUCCCGAAGCCCGGCAAGGUUCAGGAGCUGUAGGGUGUGCUAAUCUAUGUUUGAGUGCCACCCACCUAAUAAGGGUGUCCUACCCAUCCAAACUAACCAGCUGAAUGCUUCUGGGAUAGGGAGGAACUUACAGGUAGACCCUGACUGAGAUUACUCCACCUUGCUCCACCCCUGGUCUUGAAAUAUGGGGCAGUUUUGUGUGACCCUGGGUAGCAUGAGAAUUUAAUUCUGUGUUCUAUUUUAGGCCAUUCUUCCUACACAGGAAAUGACCUCUGGAUUUGUCUGCUGAUAGUGUCCUUCCCACACCAAAUUCAUGGAAGCUUAAGCAAUAAAAUUGUGGCCUUGGGGUGUAGGAGUUUGUGUGCAUGUGUUCCCUGUGCUUUCUCUCCCUGCUUCAACUGCAAGUCAGUUUUAAUUUUGUUGUGGCUUACUGUAUUUAGUAUUAAAAUUCCUCUGAACUUUUUUGUCUCUUCUCCCCCCCCCCCCACCGCCUCAACACAUAUCCAUGUUUUUGCUGAAAUGCCUACCUGUGUACAUUUUUGGUUCCUUCCUGCUCAGGUCUUUCCUCCACUCCCCAGCAAAAACCUAGAACUGGUUAAUUUCCUUGUCUAUACUGGGAAGUGUUUUUAAUUGUACGUGGAAACACAACUUUCACAGAGAGAAAGCAUUUCUGAAUUAACCAUUGGAAAUAUGUUAUCAACAACUUUCCCCAAAGUUCCACAGAGCCAGUUGUUGAACUAUAAUUUGCCUUUUUCAAGCUGUAUACAUCUUAGCAUCUGAAAUGAAAUAUGGGGACAAAUUGCCAAAGGUUAGCAAUGUCGUAUCUUUGAAAAUGCUUCCUCCCUUCCUCCAUCCAUAGCUCCACAAAUUUUGACUGGCCAUCAGGAUCCUGCUCCAAGGGCACAUAUAAUCUUGUAUCUGAUGUCAUACUGAUCUCCCAAAGGCAAGAGCCUCUAAAAUUCACAGCUGCCUUUAAGUUCUUGUUUGUGUUUUAAUUGUUUUUGCAUUUUCUGUUUUAAAUUUUAUAUACACAUACAUGCAAACAUACAAACACACACACACACACACACACACACAAUAAUUAAAUGAUAGCACUCAUAUAGGUACUUUUCAAACUAGUCACAAUUAUAGGGGCUGCCCUGGGGUGAAUUUUAACACUCAGAGCAGUACCCCAAAGUCUAGCUCAGAGAAACGGUUAUCAUCCCAUCCCUUCCCUUCCCAUACCAAGAGAUGAGGUUUCUGGGGUUCCAAAUCUCUUAGGAGUACAAUUUACAUACAGCUAUGCAGUGCUUUCUUCUUUAACUCGUUGGCCUUCAGCCUGCUCUUUAUGUCUCUCUUCUAUGAUAUACUGAAAGCAUCAUGUUUUGGAAUAGUUGGAUAAAGCGUUAUACAUGGAAAGAAGUAGGGUCAAAUAAACUGUUAAAACAAAAACAAGAUUAAAGGGAGGGGGAAAUGCAGUUUCAGAUGUCAAGUGCUAUUUUGUGUUUCUGUACCUUGUUGGCUUUAGAUGUUAACGCUCAUUGUCAGGAUGCCUGUUUUGCAAAUCUCAUUGGCAGGAGUCCAAUAUAAUGCAUCAUAUUAUUAAAAAGCGAAUGCUCGUCUGUUUCUCAGUUAGUUUGCAAUCGUGGCCAAACCAGUCCCUCAAGGCAAAGGCUGUCCAGCAUUCUUCAUGCUUAUUAGAGGAAGACUCUAGGUGCCUUCAGCCAAAAAACUGGUUGGAUAGCUCAUAUCUACAGUGAAAUUUAUCUGCUGCUUGACCUGCGUGGCCACUCUGCACUCUCCAUGUUGCUCCUGGGCUUCCUCCAAUCCUUGGACCUUCCUUAGAAUAUUUGGACUCCUUCCUAGUUCUCCAGCUUCCCUCACAAAGCUGCCUCUGUCCCAAAGGCCUGUGUGAAGUAUAACUCCACCCAAACAGAAAAAUACCUCAUUCCCUCACAGAAGGUAGACAGCUUUAUUAUCCCCUAAGCCAUGGAUGGGAAACCCUUGGCCUUCCAGAUGUGAUUGGACUCCAUCCUCCCAUCAGCCCCAGCAACAUCUGCAGGGCUCUCCAACCCUGCCCUAAGCAGAUUGGAUGUUCAUGGACAUUUUGUGACAGCCCAUCAACUCAGCCAGUCUCUGUUAGAGUCUUUGCUACCACAAGCACAAUAAAUUGGAAGCCCUUAGAAGCCGCAAGUUCAGCUUCCUGUUGUUAAUGAGUCUGUCCCUGCUUACGUUUGUUUCAAACUCAGAACAAUACCUUAUGAUGGUUCAGAUUUCAUAGGGAGGAGUGAGAUAUGAGGUUUAAUAGGUUGAGACUUGUUACUCAGAAAGUAACUAGAUAUUCUAUGCCUGCUUGCUAUGGCACUGAAUAUACAUAUAUCUGUGAAGUGGUGGGGAGAAUGACUUCUUGCAAAGUAUAUCAGAGAUUCUAUUAUUUGUAUUAUAAGCAGCAAGUGCCCCCCGCCCCCGGUUUUCAAGUAAAGGCUAUGAAGCAAUUCAUUCUGUCCUUGUGCUGUGUUCAUGAGAUGAAUCCACUCCAAUACUUAAAUUUAGCCCUAAGUUGGCAGCAAAGCUCAGAACUCUGAAUUAAAGGUUUUUCCAUUCUUCCCGAUCAGUGCCCAAGGCAUGCAAAGUUUUAUGUGACAGUGGAGCAGCUGAACCAAUGGCAACCAGAGAACCAGAUAGCUGAUGUUUCAGAUCAGGGAAUAGCCAACUGCAGGCUAUGUAUUGCAGACCUAUAUUCCUAUGUAUGCCACAUCCCCAUGACCUCGCAACUAAACAGUCAAAAGUGUAGGUUAGGAAAGUGGUGAUAUUGCAUUAGGCCCAGGCUUUCAUUUUUACUGGGGUGACAGCAAUGAAAGGCUACUUAAGAAGUCCUUCUAAGUAACAUUUCUGCAACCAAGGUAAUAAAUGAGAGCCUAGCACCAGGCAGGAAAACUGCCUUUCCUGUUGGUGCCUCAUUGUCUUUUCUCUAUGUUCCUCUACUAUCCUUUUAUAACCUCAGCCAAUGUUAACAGGGCUUGUCCUGCGGGAUUGGUUAAAGUCAUGUAAAAAGAUGGUUCCAUGUUCUUCCAGCUAUUUUAUUGUAAACUGUUAUCUGAAACAGUUUUAAAGUGUCUUAAAGUAGCUUCUAAAAAGAUCCUGUUCAAAUGUCAGUGCUAGUGCUUAUGUAGCCAAAAAAGGCACCUCCCACGCACAGGAAAAUGCCAUGAUUUGCAGAAGUACAAAAUCUGGUGGAGGAGGGACCUAGUCAGAGUGGGGAACAGAAGAAGCCAAUAGGAACCAAAUGUGUUCAAUGACCAUGGAAAGUUGACGGUUGGGGGUGAAGCGAGGGAGGUGGAUGGGAGAGGGGAAUGGAACAGCAUAUGGAGGAAGGCAAGGCUGGCUGGCUGGCUUGAACACUAAACAUAAAUUGUGACAUGCUGCAACAUCACGUUGCAGGUCCCAAAUGUAGAGAAAUGUGCAUAUUCACAAUUCUUACAUCUAUAUUUUUAUAAUGUUUAUCCAGUGCAUUCAAUGAGUGUUAAUAAUUGUCUCAUCUCUUGAAUUUUAGGAGUAAGGAAUAGAUUCAUUGCAACUUGUUUUGCUGAUAGAAUCAUAGAAUUGUAGAGUUGGAAGGACCCUGAUGGGGAAAUGUUUCCCAGAUUCAUUCUACUGUGGGUGUUCUAUGAGGGAGAAAUGUAUACAAUAUGCAUGCUACAAAGAGAAUAUAAAUCAAACACUGCCUGUGUUCAAGAAUACACAGGAGAACCUUUUUUUAAAAUAAAAAAUAUCUGUUUUAAUGUAUGUACACACUUUAGUAUGGCUACUGGGUUUUAGAAUGCUGAAUGCUGGUUAAACUAGAAUUAAUUUCUUCCCACAUUAUAAUGUACUAUGAAUACAUAUUGCCAAAAACUAUAUAGCCAUAUAGACUCUUUUUUGGAAUUAAAUCCUCCCAUUCAGUAAAUUUAAAAGCUUCCUCCUUGUGAAACAAAAGCAGUCUUUUACAUGGGGUUUCUCUAUGUACAUAUUCAAACAUCCUGCUUUUCGAAAGCAGUUCUUCUUUCAAGGCUUGCUUGUUCUAUCCAGAGUUCCAGGCAGAAGCAGAAAUGUUUACAUAACUGUCCCUGUCAAAUGGAAUUUUUUACUAUACAGCAUCCUACACUUCCACCGCAGCCUGUUUAACAUGGACCAGGGUCAAAACCUGAAAGGCACAGAAGAAUGCGCAAUAAGCAAGAUGUCAAUGAAUGAACUAAGCCAUCAUAUUUUAAAAAGGAGGCUCUGAUGUAGGAGUAGCAAACUCAGCAAGACUUUUCAGCAAAUGAAUAAAAAUCAGAGGAAGUGGGAGUUUGCUGUCAACCCCCCAACUCUGUCCUCUGUAGCAUGGCAUCAGUACACUGAACAGUUGCAACAAUUUCAAUAUAUAUUUGUAUGUAUGUAGUGUGUGUGUGUGUGUGUGUGUGUGUGUGUGUGUGCGCGCGCACACGCGUGCCAAAUAUGGUGCAGUUAAGAGUGGGUGAAAGCAAAUUGUUUGCCACAUCAACUUGGUUCACAUGAUACAGUAAACUAUAGCUUGCUGGAAUUGUGCAGGCUCCCAGAGAGCAGAAUUAAAAGUUGGUUGGAGCUUGUGGUUAAUGAGUGAGUUUUAACCAUAGGCCAGGAUUCAGACGACUCACUAUGCCAAAUCUGGCAUCUCUCAGUGCAGCAUGGGAGCAAAAAGGACCAGAGAGGAGCAAACAGCUGUGAGCUCGUCUCUGGGAGCCUGCAUGUUUGCACAGUCUUGGUAAACCAUACUUUGGCUUGCCAUCUUGUGAGAACCCGUCCAUAGUCCCUGCUGUACAAUGCCAUAUGUGGUUACUUUUCCAUACCUGUGCUUCCAGAGAUACAGCUCACCCAGAGACUUGAAGUCCCAUGUACUUAGCAUAGCCAUGCAGGAUUUCUUAAAUAGGAAUAUUUGCUAAGUGGGUAGUCUGUUUUCACUCAAAAGAACAGGACAGUGCACUUCUGCUGUUUCCCACAGGAUUUUCAAUCAACAACAGUGCCUUUCAAAUACUUUAUACGCAAUCUGUAUUGUAUAUCUCUAUUUUUUUCCUUUAUAUUAUUAUCUGCCAACUAAAGGUUCAUGGCACAUAAAUGAGAUUCCACACUGAAUAGAAGGGGGAUUUGGUGCUGGAUUGCCUGUGAACAUGGAAGCACAUUUGAAAUAGCGUUCUUGGGGAGAGGGCUUCUGUGUUCGAAUCCUGCUUGCAGGUUUCCCACAGUCAUCUGGUUUGGUCACUAUGAGAAAUGAGAAGAGGAUAUGCUGGACUAGGUCAGCCAUUGGUCUGAUCCAGCAGGCUCUUCUUAUGUUCUGUAUGUCAGGGGAAAACAGCAAAAAGCUGUUGUUGUUUAGUCGUUUAGUUGUGUCUGACUCUUCGUGACCCCCUGGACCAGAGCACGCCAGGCCCUCCUGUCUUUCACUGCCUCCCGCAGUUUGGUCAAACUCAUGCUGGUAGCUUCACGAACACUAUCCAACCAUCUCGUCCUCUGUUGUCCCCUUCUCCUUGUGCCCUCCAUCUUUCCCAACAUCAGGGUCUUUUCCAGGGAGUCUUCUCUUCUCAUGAGGUGGCCAAAAUAUUGGACCCUCAGCUUCAGGAUCUGUCCUUCCAGUGAGCACUCAGGGCUGAUUUCCUUAAGAAUGGAUAGGUUUGAUCUUCUUGCACUCCAUGGGACUCUCAAGAGUCUCCAAACACAGUUCCAAAAAUGAACAUAUAAAGUAGUCCUAGGAUAGCCAACUGUUUUCAGCAUCUUGGGGAGCGUGGUAAUCUCAAGUACUGUUUUUGCAAAAAAAAUUAAUCUGUUAAAUUAGUGUAGAAUAAUAACAUUCCAAAUAAUAUUUCAGAUAACUGCUUGCACUUAGGAAGUAGUAUUGAAUUAAGGUAUGUGGUAAGUUGGGGUGGGGGCUGGGGGUGUAUAUACCCAUAUGAAAAAAAGGUUUAAAUUAUUGGUGAGUUCAUGACUGCUACAUUCUACCGCACACUAUUGAUAUUUUAAGUGCAUGUUGCUGAUAAUUAGUUUCUAUAAAUUACAGUCACGGAUGUCAAAUCCACAGUAUUGCAUUGGUGGUACUUAUUACAAAUUAAUCUUAUCAUUUGAUAAGCUUAUCUUCAUUGAUUGAUAUUGUGUCCACAUUAUAGCAAAGCUAGUACCAUGGUUGAAUUGUAGGAGUUGAUUCAUGCAAUGCUGUAUAUCAGUUUCAUGUGCUGACUGUUACCACUGAUAAAAUGUUCAUGUGAAUAGGCCCCAAACAAUGGUGCUUUUACCAUCCAGAUCUUAUUCCAAGCAAAAGUAAAUCUUUACCAUACAUUCCCAGUUUGUAUAAAAACUGUAUUGUGCUAGUUCUAUUUGGUUACAGCAAGACAUAAUGCAAUUAGGUUUUAUUUAAAUGAACUUCCCGUAUGUGACCCCAAAUUUAUAUACAGAGUAUUGGUAUGUGGAGCAGAUAAGCCUUUGUGAGUAUUUUGUGAUGUCAACAACAGGCUUUAUUUCCAGACUAGCUUGUACUGCCCAUAUACAGUAAGUAUCAAGCAUGGGAAAUAAAGACUUUGGUUUCCCAAAAGCCAUCUUGCUGGGAUCCUGUUCUCCAUAUGUUUUGGACUACAAUGCCCAUCACCCUGAUCAUUGGCCAUGCUGCCUGGGGCUAAUUGGCAUCGUACUAUAAAACAACCAGAAAGCAUAUCAGUGCAUUGUGAUAAACAGUAAUAACACUGCCUGUUUUCACAGAACUCUAGUGACUUGACAGUUUAACCUAUUAUGUGACCAUGGGAGUGGCUUCAAAAAUGCAAUGUUUUGUGAAGCAGCAGAACAGAAAUUCUGAAAACUGGUGAAUAUCCCUAAGCUUUGUGCCCCUCAAAAGGGGCUCUUGGGAACACUGUGAAUUGGCCAGUGAAAUUUCUUCAGUUCUUACACAUCUGUGCUUUUCUUUUUCUGGUGUAUUUUCCUAUAAAAAUUGAGUUUGUGGUUUUUACACAUAAAGUACUGUAACAUGUUGGGGAAAGUUCUAAAUGUGCAGAAAUCUGUGUGUAAUUCUACCAUGAGAAUGCAUUCAUGCUUUCAGUCCACUUCCAGAGAGCUCGCCUGUAAAUUCUAUUAAAUUUCACGUCGGCCCACACACAUUCUUCUAAUUCCGGUUUAGCAAAGCUUGGUAACUCUUUCCUUUUCAGGUUCGCAAAGAGUUGUGCAAUCUGUUCUUCCAUUGCCUAACUGUUAAUAAUUGGAGGAAACUGACCAAGUUAAAUAGCGUAGGGAAUGCGUUAGCAGUUGCCACAGAAACAGCCGUCCAAUGUAAAUAUCUUAUUGCUCUUCUAUUUUAUCAUCUGUUUUCAGGGCAGUUUAAGCUGUUGGAACAAGACCGUGAUAUUAAGGAGCCAGUGCAGUAUUUUAACAGUGUGGAGGAGGUGGCUAAAGCAUUUCCUGAACGAGUUUACGUCAUGGAGGAAAUAACAUUCAACGUUAAGGUAGCCCCUAAACUAAUAUUUAUCCCUAGUGAAAUGAUUUAUGGUUAAACCCUUUUUAUAUAUAUACAUGGCAGUUGAGCAACUGUGCUCUGUGGGAGAAAUAAUUUUGGGUUACUGAGUUGUCUUAGUCUGAUGGUAUUUAAACUGCAACUUACUGUGUACAUUUCCCCCAAACCCAUCCUGAAAUCUCUGUGAAUCAGUGCGAGAUAUAUACGAAGACUUUUUCAAAGAGGGAACCACCUUCAAUAAGCAAUGUUCUUUUCCGAUCUGUUUAAUUGCCUCCAAAUUUUAGACAGAGAUUCUUUUGUCGUUCACUCCCCUUCCCUCUCCCUCCCCUCCGACCCCUUAGAUUUUAAUUGGUGAAGGAGCAGCUGCUUCAUUCACUCCACAGAAUGUCUUAGGCUACAUAGGGGCUGUAUGGACUAUUAUUGAAACCCCUCAACACUAGUGAAGAUUAUCAGCAUUUACAUGGAAACAGAAAGGACUAAUGAUUCCUUGAUUUAAAAUCUAUGCAACAGCCACGAGAAAUAACAUGAUUCAAAUGAAAUGUUGUUGUUUUCUUUAAGCCCUGCAAAUAGGGAGGCCGUAUCACUGUCAAACAGAGUAAUGUCAGAAACUACUACCCACAUAAAUUCUGACUGCAGUGUCUGUAGACUGUACCUCUCUCUCUCUUUCUCUUCCCAAUCUUGUAUGUUAGAAUGACUUCUAGCAGUUUCCAUGUUUGUUCUGGAUUUACCUUAACGGUUAAAUACCACAAGCUAUUUCCUGUUGCCACAAUCACUUUAGAAAAAUAAGUAAUUGUUUUCUAGGGAGCUGCACAUGCUGCAUGGGCCUAUCCAAGAUGGUGGUCUAUCACUGUGUAAGGGCAGUAGCUCAGUGGUAGAGCACUGGUUUACAUGCAGGAAGUUCCAGGUUCAAUCCCUGGCACCUCCAAGUAGGACUGGAAAAUGUUCCCAGUCUAUGAAACCAUGGAGGGCUGCUGCUGCCAAUCUAAAGAGUAGUGAGCUACAUGGAUUGGCGGGUUGUUUAAGUACAAGGCAUAGUUCUAUGUUCCUAUGUACUUUGGAUGUGGCUAUGUAUGCUUGACCUCUCAUUUGAGCAAGUUCAUCUAUAGUCAAGAUAACAUUAUUAAUAUUCAGGAAAAUUUGAGAAGAGGGUGUAACAUCUAAGUCAGAAAGUUAAGCAUGUUAGAAUUGGAUUUGGCCCUGUUGAUCUUCAGGUUUAUUCCUACACACACACACAAGUUUAGAGAAAAAGCCAAGUGAGUCUCAUGGGAGUUCUAAAUGGUGCCAACUGGGAGAUCUCCUGCUAGGAUCUCUUGGGUUAUGUCUGUAAAACACACAACACACAAAUCUGUGUACAUUGAUUCUAUAUUAGAUGCAGAACAGAACAACAUACUCUCCACUUUGGGAGAUUAUAAUGACCACUAAUAUGUCUGUGUUGGUAUUCACACACUGAACUUACAUUAUCAUAUUAGUGCAAUAAUUAAUUAGGAGUAUGUAACUUCCCAAAGCUGCAAGAGCACUGUCUGUUUUCCCCUAUUUUAGAAGCUGAAGUAUUCAUGGUGAUUUGGUAUAAAGUGCAGGUGGACAUUAUAUUUUUAGCAAAAAAUAAUAAUUGGCAAAGCCAUUUGGGCAUUUUCUAGGUAGAAAAAUUGAUUUUCCAGCCUCAGUUUUACAGCUCCUCAUAUAUAAGGCAUGAGAGGUGCACAGUGAACACCUUUACAAAUAUUAUAAAUAUAUUGUUUUGUCCUCAUGAAAGUCCUGUAAGAUAAUAUAGGCAAAAGUAUAUUCUAUCACCUGCUACCUGAGCCUUUUAACUGGCAGUACAGGCAUUGGACCUGGGAAUGAGCUACAGUCCCUCAGCAAAUCACAAUUUGAGGGUCUAGAAUGUAACACCUGAACAUGGCAACUAUUGUUGAAGAUAGAAAUGGAGAGCCCCUGCCAAGAUGAUAUUAGGCUAGUGAGACAAAUAGUUUGACCUGAUAUAAGACAGCUUCUUCUUUGCUCAUCAAACUAUGGUUUGCAAUCCUGGUUUGGAGGGAUUAAUUAAACCACAGUUUGCCAGUUAGGAUGCCACAGAAAACUGAUUUGAGGAAACCAGGUCUUCUUUUCAAGGUGCAAGUGAGAAGGAAGAAUCAAUUUUUCUCAUCACCUAUUCUUGAACCAUAUUCAAACCAAAUAAUUUGAAGAGCCAGUAACGUGAUAUCUGAAAACAGCUAAAUUGCCAAUGAUCAAACUUAUGAUAAAAUCUUCCUGUUUGGUAUGCCCUUUAUAGUCACCAGAGUUGUUAGGAGCUAAUUUCCCACACUGGAAGACUAUAUUUGGAUCCCAUCUCAACUGUGAAGUUUAUUUGGUGACUUCGGACCUGCCAUUAUCUCUCAGCUUAUACUAUCUCACAGGUUUUGUCACGUGGCUAAAAUGUGACGACCUCAUGAAUAGCAGCCCUGAACCCCUUGGAAGAACAGAGGGUUACAAAUGCAACCAAUACAUCAGGUUAAUAGGGUUGAGUUAGGUGUUAAAUCUGAGGCCAAGACUCAAAUCUGCCAGUUAGUCAAGCCCAUAUGUGCAUCCUAUAUGUGCAGAAGUGUCUAGCCUUUGGCCUUCCAGAUGUUAAUUCAACUCCCUGAUCACUGGCAAUGCUAGCUGGGGCAGAUGUGAAUUGGACUCCAGCAGUACCUAUUCCCCCAUCCCUGCUCUAGUGCAAUGCCUGAAUUGCAAAACUGGCCAGAUGGGAAUCAGUGACAUGAAUCAUACCCAAGUCUAAUUUAAGUUACUGAGUGUUCACCCAUUCCACAUCUCUUUCUUGAAAGCAGAGUUUGGGGCUGCAAGUUUUAAACACACACACUCCUUCCAGCAUAGUGGCAGAAGAAAAUGAACUGGAGCCUCCUGAUCCUGGAGGUGGUAAUUCAAUAGAUUUAUUCUCUGAAGUAAAAGGGAAAAGUUGUUGAGGAUUCUUACCCAAUAAGCUAACUGCAAGAUAUUUCAGGUUCUCUGGGUAAAGCUUCAAGUCCAUGAAUGCAAAUAUUUUCAGUACACUGAAGCAUUACUUUGUUGAUGCAAAAUUGAAUCCAAUUUUUCUGUGAUGUAGUCUCAUACAGUUUGCCUCGAGACCAGCAAGGGGCCCUAAUCCCAAAUUCAGCUCUAAAAAUAUGUUUCCAAAUGUACGGGGAAAGAGGAGGCUGGAAACUGUACAGUAAGGCAACAAAAGGGGUUAUUCUGCAGCCGAGACUCCAGCGUGGGAGGGAGGAAGCAGAGGAGUCAGACCAAGCACACUGGGACCUUGAUCUCAAGUUGUGACCACACUGCAAACACUUUCAGAACGCUGGAAGGUAUUAAUAGAGGUCUUUGACCAUUGCAAUAUAAUGCGGAGGUGGUGGCAAUGAAUGCACAUCAUCACUUCUUCUGAAGUCUCUUAUGUGUACCACCACAAAAGGAGGAGAUCCGGAUAUGAGGGUGGCUGCGCAAAGUGAUGUGCUCAUUAAUGCCAUUGGCAUGCCAGAGGGUGGAAAUCCUAGACAAAGCAAUUAGCGUUGCAGUUCUGAGCUAUAGUUCCCCAUGGCAUUUCUAAGCACAACUUCACUGGGUUUGUCUUUGGAUAGCAGUUGUAGCUUAAGCUGGAGAGGAGUUAGAUGCCAUGAAGCAUAGUUUAGAAGAAACUUUGCAAAUGUCAUUUUUCUCUACCCAGUUAAUGUACUUAUUGUUAGAUGUUUUAAAUACUGUUUAGGAAAUUAGGUUUCCCUGAUACCUAGCAUUUUAUUUCAGUUCAUUAUACACACUGCUGUGUAGCCAUAAGAUAAAUUGCUGCAGUCACUUAAUAGCUGGCUGAGUCUGAUAUCUGUGGUAGUGCAGAACUGUAUUUGAACUAUGUCAGAAAUUACUAAUUUAUAAUGCUUUACAUAUCUCUUUUGUCUUUGCCAUUAAUAAAUGAAAGUUCAAAUGAACACCUUUUUAUGUGCACCUUUGCUUCAGAAUAACAAAACUGACAUGAAAUUACUGCUCUAAGCAAGGGACUUUGUCUUCAGGUGUUAAACUAGAGCAGCAACAGUCUUGCCCAUCCUGUCAAAUUUGCAGUACAAGGACUUGCAUAUCUUUGCACUCAGAUGUGUGUUGAGUUCAUAUAUAUCACCAUAGAGCAAGUGUGCAAGCUGCCUAUUCACACAUGACAUAGACCAUGCAAAAAGAGGAAUCAGGGGCCACUGAUUUCUCUGUUGCUUCUUGUUUCUCAUGUGAGAUGUCACCAUGUGUGUAAUGCAAAAAUGUGAGGAGAGGGGAGUGUUCUGCAAAGUUCAGAGUGUUCUUAUCUCCAGUUGAUAUUACUUAAAUUGAAACUAAAUCCCAUCUUGGAAGUCUACAUCACGCAGGAUAUCUGUCUUCAAUGAAUAUUGUAUUUCUGUAGGAAAAUGUGUACAAAACAUGUGAGGGCUUUUUGAAGGGGGGACGGGACACUCCAUGUGCCUGUUCUACCAUGUCUAUGUUUAAUUUAAAAGACUAAUGGGUCCAAGAUGCCCCUUCUCCUUGCAGCACUGAUGUUCAUGGAGCAAAUAAGUCUUGUGUGAAGCAGCUCUAGAAGUGUGUGAGUUUGAGUGAGAGUGUGUGUGUGUGUGUGUGUGUGUGUGUGUGAGAGAGAGAGAGAGAGAGAGAGAGAGAGAAUAGUUAAUCACGGUGUGAAAUCUACCAUUGUUUAAUAUUAAUGUUUCAUAAUACUGCCAUGGCAUUGACCUGAAUUGUGAAUGAGUAUCACGUACAGGGAAAUCCUGAUUGUUUCCUGGAUUAGCUCUAUUAAGGAUGUGUAGAUUUGAACACAGCGUUUGAAUUACUUCCUCUUGGGAAACUCUGAAAGUGCAAUACUAGCCAGGCAUGCUGUUCAUGCCAAAGUAUUCAGCUUUAAGCACAUGCAUAAGAUGCAUCUCCUCCAGUUUUGUCAAGUUGUUAUUCACACUUAGCAGGGGCUUUGCAUGUUUUUGAGGGUAGACAUACACUACAGAACAACACUUGCACCAGUGGAAAGCUCUGCUGGCAUCGAUGUUCUACCAGCAUUGGUGCUCCAUCAGCAAUGUUUGACCAGGAGAGAGGAGGAAAGCGGAUAGUGCCGUGGGUAGGUGUAGGCAUGAUGCAAAGCCCCUUUGUUUCCCUAGCAUGGUUGCAGUAAAGUUCAUUUAACUAUGGGGCUGGCACAGUUCAUUCCCUUCUAUUUUAGUCAGUGGAGGUAAGAUUCCCAUAGGGAAUUGGAUGUGGCAGUCUCUGUGCAAACAGAUCUCCAGGAUAUUUCACCUUAUCCCCAAACAGAGUAUAAACGCGAGUUAGGAUUGCUAUGCUCAUUACUUAUGUGGUAGCAUGCAGUUAACAACUAGAAAUACUAAGAAGCAGAAACUGAAUGCCACUCUGAAUAUGAGCAGGCUUUUGGAAGAAAAGGAAUAUAUUAUGCUGUGUUAUUAUCUGUGUUGGAAAAGCGUGCAACCCAACUCUCUGAUCCAUUGCACUGGAGGGAGCUGGAUGGGCCAAGGCCUCCCUCUGCCUAGACCAGAAUCAAUAGGGUGGCAGCUCAUUUGUUUCCCAUGCACUCUCUAGCACAGGCAUGUCCAAAGUCCAUUUCAGGGGCCUAAUCCGGCCCCUGGGGUAAAAUCCUAAAAAAAGCUUAACAGCUUUGGUCGGCCCUCCCUCACGGCCCUUCACUUCAUCAAAUCUGGCCCUCUGGACACCACUGCUCUAGCAUAAAAUUCCAGGUCUCCUAAAGCUACCAGGCGAGUUGUUAAUUACAGGGGUGGGGUAGAAUCACACAUACAUACAUUCAAAAACAUUGGAGGGAGUACUGAAACGGGUUGGGGAAAAGGCCAUCAUUUUUGUCCUAUCUCAUGAAUUCAAGGUGAGUUUAUAAUAUAUUCUUACUUUUCUUUUUCACAUUCCUGUGUAAUAUGUUAAGCUUGACAGUAACUUGCCUAAAGCUACGCAGAUGAAUGUUAUGGCUCAGUAGAGAUUUGAACCUGGAUCUUCCAUGACCAAAUCUGGCAACCUUUUGUGUGGGGGGGUGUAUUUUCCUGUUGGGAAAAGUAUAAGUUAUUUGUGAUUUCUUAACUCUGGCAAUGUGUUUGUGGGAGGUAUUGCGAACUCAAUAUUUUUGCUCACUAAGGAACAAUGGCCUCAGUAAAUAGGAAAGGGUUGACAAAGGACUGGAGAAUGUAUCAAGAGCUAAAAGUCUGUAGCCCAUUUGUUUAGUUUGUGUGGAUGCAAUUAAUAUUAUUAUUUUGAAUUACAUGAAUAUAGUGGAUGCCCGAACACGUCUGAUGGGUUUGUUCUAUUCCUUCUGCAUUCCAUUUGUGCAAUUUCCAGUGUGACUGGAAGGAGUGGUUCUUAGGCUGAUCAUCAGAUUGGGAUCUCAGUCUACACUUAACUCAGUAACAAAAAUGUAUAUGGUGUAAAAGAGCCGACGAUUUUAGGUGGUACUCUGUUAAUGUGUGGAAAUGUGAUGCUUUCUCACAUGCCAUGCUCUUAGAGCCCUAGCCAUUACUAGCUCCAUUCCAUUUCUUAUUUGUUAGCUUAUAUUUAUUUAUUAUUUUUAAAUUUAUGAAUCUCCUUCCAUAUAAGUCUCAGGGUGAUUUCCAAUCAUACAAUAAGAACAGGUUUAAAAAGCAAUUGAGAAAAACAAAUUAAAUUUAAAACAUUUUUUGAAAAAAAUUCCCUAUUUAUUAUUAUAUUUAUAACCCAUCCUUCCUCCAAGGAGUCAAGGUGGCAUACAAAAAUAUGGUUCUUCCACUUCCCAUUCUAUCUUCACAACAACUCUGUGGAGUAGGAUAGACUGAGAGACAGUGACUGGCUCAAGGUUGCCCUGUGAUCUUCAUGGCUGCAUGAGGCUUUGAACCCUGGCCUCCCAGGUCACAGUCCAGUGCUUUAGCCACUACACCACACAGUACAAAUAUACACCCAAGGCUGAGCCUUCCCCGCAUCCAGCUGAAGAAGCUUGCCUCUUACACUCUUAAAGAGUGUAGACCAGAAAAGUGGCAAUCUUUCUAUGAAAUUGCAAAGUUUCAUCAAGGGGAGGCAGGCUCUGCAACCUAACUUGUGCAUUCAGUAUUGCUCACUCCUGAUUCUCAGUGACUCUUGGUUCAGCCGUGUAGCUUACCACUUGGCUACUUGCCUUGGGAUAAGCUGCAAUUCCUCCAGGCCAUGAUCAGUCCAAGUAGUACGCUCUACCUGUCACCUUUCCUACAACAAUAGAAUUUGAUUGUUUCCUGGGUUUAGGAAACACUAGCAUUUGUAGCCCAACGCUCUGUCAUCUUCACUGAUAGCACUUGUUUUAACCUCCUACACACACACACACACACACACGUAUUCAACCAUUGUAGUACUCCAUUAUGUCCUUGAAGCACAGAUUCACGGCAGAACUAUAGAGGCUGCCUUAAGCCAGAAAAGAGAGAAUGCAGCUGGCAGCUGCCACACUGCCAUUCCCUAGUUAUGGGAGUGGGGUGAAAAAUUCAGCAAAGUCAGAGUGACUCAGUCCUAAUUUGCAAGGCUUUGCGGGGGGUGGUCUUACUCAGUUCAAAUGUUUGGUUUCCCUACAUUAAUUGCAUUGUUUUUAUUCUUUGGCUGGGGCAUAAUUUUUUUCAGGAUAUGUCAGAAUUGCCUGUGUACAUAUGGAUUCAUAGAAUUUCAUAUUCAGUAAAGAAAUCAGGUUGGUUGUAGAGGAAAUUUAAAUAAGACAUUUUAAAUAAAUGUUGAUCCGUUAUCUGCAGUUUCAAUAAUUUUUAAUUUGCUGUUUCUGCAGCUCUUGCUUUUAUGCUUCAUGUUUGAAAUGACUUAUCUGGGCAUCUCUUAAAUUUUCUGUGCUACAGGUGGCUUCGGGCGAAUGCAACGAAGACACCGAGCUUUACAACAUCACCCUCUGCACGGGAGACGAGCUGACGUUAAUGGGGCAAGCGGAAAUCCUCUAUGCAAAAUCUUCCAAGGAGAAGUCACGGCUCAACACCAUCUUCAAGAAAAUCGGGAAGCUCAAUUCCAUCAGCAAGCUGGGCAGAGGCAAGAUGCCGUGCCUGAUCUGCAUGAACCACAGGACCAACGAGAGCAUCAGCCUUCCUUUCCAGUGCAAGGGCCGCUUCAGCACGCGCAGCCCCCUGGAGCUGCAGAUGCAGGAGGGCGAACACACCAUUCGCAACAUCGUGGAGAAGACGCGGCUGCCCGUGAAUGUGACUGUGCCCAGCUCUCCGCCGCGAAACCCUUACGACCUGCAUUUUGUCCGCGAGGGGCACCGCUACAAGUUUGUCAACAUUCAGACCAAGACUGUGGUGGUUUGCUGUGCGCUGCACAGCAACAAAAUCAUUCCCAUGCACUUCCCUUUGCAUUUGGCUCUUCCAAAGUUCACGCUCCCCGAAAGCCUUGUGAAAGGGGAGGUGGGUCACGAAGCCUUUGUCAAGCACUGGUUCAGUCUCUGCCAAGAGCAGUUUGACAUAGACGAGUAUUCCCGUGGCGUGAGAGAUGUGAAAGCCGACUGGAAUGAAGAGUGCAAAAGUCCGCAGAAAGCCCGGCCCCACAGCCACAACCACAUGCCAAACUCUCUUAGCUAUGCUCGGGACGAGUUGACGCAAUCCUUCCACCGCCUCUCGGUUUGUGUUUAUGGAAACAACCUCCAUGGAAAUAGUGAGGUGAACCUUCACGGCUGCAGGGACUUGUGCAAUGAGUGGGCUUUAUUCUCCCAUGAUGCCCUGCAGUGCCAGGACUCUGGCGAUGGCAGCAGCGACUACCUGUUCCCUGAAGUUUGUGAAGAAUCGUUGUGUUUACCUACCAAACCGGAACUUCCUUAUGAGGAACUGUGGCUGGACCAGGGGGGUGGGAAAAUGAAUGAUCAGCCUUUCACUCGCUCACAAAGUGAGAAGAACAAAUGUGACAGCUAUAGGAGUUCUUUCCGGUCCAAGUGUGGUAAUUCUUCUCUUCCAGCACCUGGGCCUAUAACAGUAACAUCAAAAUCUCCAGAAGUUUCCCUACCUCCGCCACCUGUGCCUCCUAAAUCAGAAGCAGUAAGUCAUGGUCUUUCUUUUUUCUAAUAAAGAUGGGUGAUGGUAGGUCCAGAUCAUAAACUUAAAAGUGUUGAUCUGGAUAAUGGGGUGAACUUGAUUUCCUGACCCAGGAUUGCAAGUCCUACUGUCAUAAUUGCGAAUUCAGAUGCUUUGGGAUCCCCCAGAUCUUCUGCAGAAAGAAUUAUUUCCUCAAUUAGCCCAUACCCAUUUCAUAGUUCUUGAAGGCUUAAGUACAAUCCUGUAUAUAUCUACUUAAAAGUAUACCUCGCUGAGCUCAGUGGGUCUUACUCACAAUAAGAUGGGUAUAGGAUAGCAGCCUUGGGGUUCAUUUUCCCCCCUCUAGAGUUUCCACUUUUCUAGAUUGGUUUGGAAGUAAACCACAUUUGAGAACAGGAUUUUAUUGCAUCCAAUAAAAAUGUAUCCCUGUAGAGCAUGCAUUUUUCUGUGCAUUGUGCAACUUCACAUGUAAAUUUGAAUGGAGAAAUGUUUUUUUGCUAUGCAAAGAAUUUUUGCCAUUUUUAAUGGUAAGAUGAAACUCGAUGCUGAAUGAAUAUGUCCUCCCAAGAACAAAAGGUUACCAACUUGGAACCUGCUUAAUGCUCCUGGGGAAGAAGAAAAAUGGAGAAACACUUGAGUGAUGGAAAUUGACUUAGCAAAUUGAACAGGCAGGUUUUUUGGGGGUUUUUUUUAAAAGGGGUCUCUAUGUUGCAAACCGUAAGUAUUCCAUGUAAUACUUUGCAUCAAGGAACAGUAUGAUUAAAAUUGCAUUAGAGCUGAGCAUAUGUCUGGUGUAUGGGUCAAAAAAUAAUAUGCCCUGAAUGGAAAAAUCAGCAGUAGAAAUCAAUAAAAUGGUGGAAUUAAAUAAAAUAUGGCGUAGAGAUAGACAAUGGUUUUAAGGAGUUAAGGGUCACUGGAGACUCUUUUUUGGCAGCGUACGUGCAUGUGUUGUUUUUUUGGUCCCAACAUUGACUCUCAUCAGACAGAUUUUCGAAAGUAUGCAUAAUGCUACAAAACUGAGGUGAAAGUAAGAACAGAAAACUAGUCCAAAACUAGGUCUGGAUCAGACCCUAAGCCCAUCUAGGCCUACAUCCUGCUUCCCACACUGAAUAACCAAUGCCUGUAGGAAGGCAGCAGGCAGGUCAUGAGAACAAUGGCUUUCUCCCACUGUUGUUCCCCAGUAUGCUCCCUCUGAUGCUGGAGCUAAUAUAUAACCAUCACGACUUGCAGCCAUUGAUAUCCUAUCCUGAAUCUCCCACCAUUUGGUGUCAUUGGUUGGCUCCAGUUUUUAAUAUGAGGAGAGAAACCUUUUUCUCUAUCCACUUCCCCCACACUAUUCUUUCUCCCUCUCUCAUGUCCCUUCCAACUUGCCUUUUUUCAAAACUUAAAAGCCACAAAUGUUAUAGCCUUUCCUCAUAGGGCAGUUAUUCCAGCCCUGCACUCAUUCAAGUUGCCUUUUCUUCAUAUUUUUCCAGCUCUACAAUAUCCUUUUUGAGAAGUGGCAACCAGAACUGUACACAGUAUUCCAAGUGUGGCCACACAAUAUAUUUGCCAUUACAGUGGUACCUCAGGUUACAUACGCUUCAGGUUACAUAUGCUUCAGGUUACAGACUCCGCUAACCCAGAAAUAGUGCUUCAGGUUAAGAACUUUGCUUCAGGAUGAGAACAGAAAUCGUGAUCGGGCGGCGUGGCAGCAGUGGGAGGCCCCAUUAGCUAAAGUUGUGCUUCAGGUUAAGAACAGUUUCAGGUUAAGAACAGACCUCCAGAACGAAUUAAGUACUUAACCCGAGGUACCACUGUAUACCUGACAUGGAAUUUGCCUUUUGUACAGGACACUGGGUAGGCAUUUUCAUUUAGCUAUCCUCCACACUCUCAAAAUCCAUUAGGCAUGUAGAAACUCUUAGACACAUCAAAAAUAUUUCCCUGAAUUAUAUAGCCAUGGUGUUGUAGCAUAUUGUUAGCCUAACUUUAGAAGUUAUUUAAAUAUGCCUUGGUUUAAUGAAUACCAGUUGGUAGUUGCACGCUAAAAAAAAUACAUGUUUCUGGAGGUAAAGGCAUUUCUCUAUAUAUUUGGUUUAAUGCAGUGAGUAAGUAAGACUCUUGUUUAUUCCUGGCACAAUAUUUACAGAGCAUGUUUGCUUCAUUUGUUACUGCUGAGCAUACAUUUUUUACUCUUAAAGCUUCAAAACAGUGCCCUAUGGAGCCUUUCUUGGUACAGGACGGUCUUCUGGGUUGAAGUUCUCUCUAGGACUGAGCUACUUCUUCACAAUGAAUAUGUAGACAACAUUUUAUCGCACUUUAUAAAAGCAUUAUUAUUGCUCUGCAUACCAUACUGAUGCUUGAGUCGGAAUUUAAUCAAUUUAUUGCAAUCUAGGGGGCAACACUGAAAGCUCGUUGGUGCUAUGGCUGAAUUCAGUAACAGCCACAAAAGAAAAAUCAUUUAGAUUUUUUUGCUUGGGAAUUGAAGGCCUCUGUAAAGAUUAGCUCCUCACAUGGAGGUCAUCAAAGUGCUGUCCUCUGGCCCCUCACUUCUACUCAGUUGACACAGCAUUGCCUUGACCACUGUACAGCUAGUACCUCUGUACCCACACCGGUCACCCCUAUUAUUCUGAUGCCCUGCCACAGGUGGGAUAAAUUGGUCUUUGCCAGGAGUGUCCACUUUGUAUUGUUUUAGUUUUACUAUCUCUGCUUUUUGUGUUUUAAGCUCUGUUUUAAUUGUACAUCACCUUGAUGUGUAGAAGGUGAUUAAUAAAUUGAUGACGAUGAUGCAUAGCUGCUUGCACAAUGGCAGGUCUAGUGCUGCAUUCUGGAUACAUAAAACAUUGUAAUAUCUUGAAAUAAGCAUUAAAAAUCAAAGCCUUGUAUUCACUGCUAGUAUUCACAGAGGGAGAAAUUCUCCCAUUGUUGUAGUAUGCUAUCUUGCACCUUUUAAAAAAAAACAAAACAACAACUUACAGUUACAAAACCUGCAAUCACAACAUUGAAGGGUGGUUACAACCGAAAUGUGCAGACUGUCUUGCCUGGUUUUUAAAACACCAGUUUUAAAACGCUUGCAGUUUUCUGUGAUAGCAACUCUAAAUGAUUUCCCAUUUCCUACUGGGUAGUGGCAUAUUUUAAUAUUUUACCAUGGCUUCUAGUUAUGGAAGAAGAGGUUCUCCUUCACUCUAGUCUCCUCUUCAGACGUUUCUUGCUCACAUAGGUAGACUGUUUGUAUAUGGGCAGAUGACCAAAGUAAGCUGGGUCCAGUAACAUCUGUACCAGCUCAUGCAAUUCUUCAGUGGCUACCAUAUGCCCUCUGCUGGCAGCAGAUAAGUAGACAGGCUAUGCUUUCUAUAUGAAUACAUAUCUGCUGCUAAGAAGGCAAUAACAUUGUAUUCCAUUACUCAGGGUUUGCUUGUUUUUAACCACCUUUGUGGGCAUUGCAGGAUGAAUACCACUCCUAUUCCUCUUGUUUUGUGAUCCUUAAAAAACUGGGACCUGAGCUGAUGCAUCUACCUCUGAUUCCGAUGAGGUUACCCACCUGGACUCUCAAGCCUUGUCUUAAAUUCUUGCACACCAGGUGUGAUGCGGGGGUGAAGAAAAAGAGCUGGGAAGUCACCCAGGAAAUCCAGAUCUUGCUUGAUCAGUGCACUCACUAGGGGGGCUUAAGCAAGUCAUUCUCUCUCAGCUUCUGUUCUGCAUCUGUAGUAAGUACUGACCUGCUUUACAGGCAGUGCUUUUUUCUGGGGGUACUCAAGGGUACACAGUACCUUUUUUAUAGAAGCAAAGCACUGUUUACAGGGUUUCUGUAUGGAUUGCUGGUUACUUAUGCGGUGUGCUUUGAACAUACUAAAGUUCUGCCGAAUGAUAAAGUUUUAUUUCCCUCCUAGGUCAGAGAAGAAUGUAGACUCCUGAAUGCCCCUCCUGUUCCUCCACGAAAUUCAAAGCCAACAUCCACCAGUCCAUCUGUUCCUCCGCGGGCAAACAAACCAGCACGGCAGCAGACUCGUUCUCCUAGUCCAACACUCUCGUACUAUUCAUCAGGGCUGCACAACAUGUAAGUAUGGAACACUUCUGGCUCUCAGCCUUCUCUUGUUCAUGAAUGCUUACAGUAACAGUGGAGAACAUCCUUCCAAGUUAUUUCUUCAAACAGUUUUGUGCAAAGUUUCCCUGUAAUAACUAUACAUUUAAUAGGUAAGGUAAUUUAGCCUCUUGUCUUAAAACCUUUGGGUUUUCCUUACAGCUUAAACAGUGGUACCUCGGGUUAAGUACUUAAUUCGUUCCGGAGGUCCAUACUUAACCUGAAACUGUUCUUAACCUGAAGUACCACUUUAACUAAUGGGGCCUUCUGCUGCCACCGUGCCGCCAGAGCACGAUUUCUGUUCUCAUCCUGAAGCAAAGUUCUUCACCUGAAGCACUAUUUCUGGGUUAACGGAGUCUGUAACCUGAGGCAUAUGUAACCUGAAACGUAUGUAACCCAAAGUACCACUGUAUAAGGGAACAGUCACUGAAGUGGAUUACUCCAGCCAUUUAAAAAAACAACCCAACUCAUUAGGGAAUUCCAAAUUAUUGUAACAAGAAAUCCCUGCAGUUUUGCACUGUGCUUUGAAAAUUGGUCCACAUGUAGAUGGGCAUACUAUGGAUUGUGAGGCACUGGAUAUUAAUGUCAAAGGAAGCAUUACAGUGCACUGUCAUAGAGCACAUGUUUUGCAAGUUCAGUCCCUUAGAAUGAACAUGAGAAUUAUCUCAUAUCUGUCUAGAUCCUUCUACCUACUAGGUUUAAGGUACAGGGGCCAGACAUCUGUUCUUUAUUAAAUUAGCAGAGUCCAGAUUUCAUUAUUUCAGUUCAGAAUAUACAGUGUACCACCCUAUUUCCCCCUAUACAUUUAGUCUAACAUGCAAUGUUAGAUAACUUCGCAAGCUUUACUGGCAUGAUGAAAAGUGAUUUAAAAAAACUUCCCAUUGGUCUAUAGCAGCAAGCUUAAUCAAUGUGGUGCCCUCCACUUAAGUGAACAAAUUUGCUUAGAAAUUACAAAAUAAUUGUCAGUACAGUUAACUGCUUUUCAGGGAAUGUGGGUGUUGUUUGGCUUUGCAUGUCGCCCCCCAAGUCUAAUUCCUGUGUUUGAAUUUGUGAUGUGCAAACAGUUCUGCAGACGGGAAAUUGUAUAAAGACACUGACCGUCAUCUUGACAUAAUGUAAGGCAAAGUAAUAGCUUUCUCACAUGACCACCAAGUACCAAAGUAAUUAUCUUUUUGCUUAUCUUUAAAAAAAAAAAAGCAAUGCUGCAGAAGGAGAAGCUGAGUCUGCCUCUGAGAGUGCUCCUGUUGCUUGCUAUCCAUGCAGCACAGUGAAGGCUGACCUACAAGAUUUUGGCAACCUACUGCCUUUUGGAAGCCCCUCUGCUGAUGCUCUGUCCUCCAGGCUCUCGUGGCCAAAUCAUUGUUCCGGAGCUGCUGAAGGCCUUAACAGGGGUGAAUUUCUAUUGGACCCAAGCAGGAGUUACAGUUAUCCAAGACAGAAGACUCCUGGCACACCAAAGAGAAACUGCCCAGCAACUUUUACAUUUGACUUGGAUAGAAGUGAAUUUCCUGUAGGGGACACCCUACCAGCUGCAGCAGAACCUGGUUGUGCAGUGCCCACUUGCCCAAAGUCGGCGAGUUACUCGCUCGAGUGCACCGAUGAGAAGAGCCUGGCAGUCAGUAGCACACCGCAGUCUCUCUCGUGUCCUGCCUUACCCCCUCGUGCACCAAAAGCGGCAGAUGAGAAGCCCGGCCUUGACUUGUGUCCACUGCCUUUCAGAAUAGAUGGUGCGGAGGAAGAGCCGCAGGCAGGCUCGCCAGACCUUUCUGAAGAUCAGUACCUUGGCAAAAAGGGCAUGCAAGACAUCUUUGCCAUCCCUUAUCCUUUCUCAUCUCCCCUCCACCUUCAGCUAGCACCAAGGUCCUGCGGCGACGGCUCUCCUUGGCAGCCCCCUGUGGAUCUGUCUGGACUUUCAAUAGAGGAAGUUUCUAAAUCUCUGAGGUUUAUAGGUUUAUCUGAGGAUGUCAUAUCCUUUUUCGUUACAGAGAAGAUUGACGGCAACUUGCUUGUUCAGCUCAAUGAAGAGAUCCUUUUGGAGGACUUCAAGCUAAGCAAGUUGCAGGUUAAGAAAAUAUUGCAGUUCAUUAACGGCUGGCGACCUAAAAUGUAGUGCUAUGAAGCCGGUGCAAUAAAACUCAGAGAGAGGUGUGCCAGAAGCACCGGGGCUAACACACAGUCUCUCGUUUUUGUUUUUGCACUAAAAUCCUCUGUUGCUCUUAUGUAAAUAUAGUAGCAGGAAAAAAACAUUCUUACUAUGCAGAUAUUCUGAGUGGUGAGCAGACUCUUUUGUACAUAGUAGAAACAGGGAGGUGUGCCUUGUGCAUCCCUGAACAUUCAGAAGCUGCUAAACAGUGGGCUUUAAAGGGAAUUUAAUUUGUACUCAGUGUAGUCUAUUAAGACAUUAUAUUUAUUAUUAUUGAUUAGGCAAAGCUGAACAGCACACAAAUCACCUUGUUUUUUGUGUGUUUACCAAUAAAUGUAUUUCCUCUUGGGGGGUUUUUUGUUUUUGUUUUUUGUAUUCUGAUGGCUGCAUACCUUGCCUUCAGUUCUGAUUUAUCCAGUGGUUAGUGUCCUUCUCCCACUUGUUCUAAUUGUUGGGAUAGCAUUCCUUUUAUAUGUGGGUUGUGAUUAGAACCCUUUUCUGAAUGAAUCCAUCUUCCAGAAGGAAAUUCAAACCGCAAAAAAAAACCGACGAAGAAUUUAGUAGCUUCGCGUCACCUCCAGAUGAGUGCAAAUUUCUCAUUGAAAAGGCAAUACAAGUUCACCACUUAUUUCUCUGCCUAGUUGAAAACAGGGUUGGUUUUUAUAGAGUUGUUGGCCUUAGGAGAGCAAUACUUACUGGUAAUCCUCUGCUCUUAAAUCUCUUGUGAGCUGUCACUGCCCUGCUCACACAUGCAUUGUUUUCCUUUCUGCCUUGUUAUCCACCUGUGGCCUCUCUUUCUGCUCAGUUAUAAUUUACAGGGCGAGGAGGGGGAAAGAGAGGUAGCAAAAAACACAUUCAGCUUCUACACACAUGUAUUUAUAUAGGGGCAAUGAUCUACGAACGCAGCAUAAUUUUCAAAUAGCACUUGAGGGAGAAGGAAGGCCUUGGUCUUUCAUAUAGCUCUGUGGGAAGGGCAGGAUUUGGGGUAGUUCAGCCAAAACAGUUUAGAAGUCAUAGCCCUACCAAUCUACUUCUCAGAAUGGCCCCAGUUUGAUUUACCAUCGUACUGUUUCCCUUAGAAACUGUCGCAAUCAAGGCAGGUAUUCUUUUUUACCCAGUCGAGUUCUCUUGCAUAGCAGAUAACAGAUACAGAAAGGGAGAGAAUAAGCAUAGGUUCCUUUCAGUGUUGGGGAGCAAAGGGGUUCUGAAAUGCAGAAAUGUGCUGUUCUGAAAUGUGCUCUUUGUUUUACAGAAUUUAUUUUGGAAAAGGUUUUGUAUUAGAGAAACAAAGAAAGAUUUGGAUUUCAAAUGUGAUUGAAACUACUUUGCAUUCAAUCUGAGCAAAUUUUGAUGGCUUGCAUUAGUACAAAUAACUGUUAGAGAACAAUGCACCCAUUGGCUUGGGUGUAAAAUGCACACAAGGUGAGAAUGAUCUGCCUUGGAGUGCAAAUUUUCAGGAAAUAAGACACAGAUGCAGCAGUUCAGUGGUUCAUCCUAGAUGCGUUGUAUUGCUGCUGCUUCUCUAAGGUUUCUUAAAAAAACCAUAAUUAGGAAAGAGUGAAACUUAAACACUAACCUAAAUUAAACGUGUUCACAUUUCCCAAAACUAAAUCUAGUCUAAUCAAAAUUAAGCUGAUUAAAUGAUGAUUAAAAAAUGUUUAUAGGAAGUAGAAUAGUUGAGGUUACCCUCCUAUUCUGGAAAUAAUAUAUGAAUGUUUUAGGAUCCUAAUCUAUGAAAUGCAUUUGACUAUUUAAAAAGUGGGGUGAGGAGAAUGCAAACUUGGCCCACAUGGUGUGUGAUGUAUUUACCUAGCCAGCCUGUUUUCAUUAUGCUAGACAACAAAUACAUCGAAGUCUUAGGAAGGGAAUCCAGGUCUUAACACAACACUACUAAUACCAUUGCUUAUUCAUAAGAGUUAAACAGCUAGGAUAAAGGAUUUCAUGUUUGUAUUUAAAGCUUCCCCCCCCCCCAUCCAAUCCUUAAUGCAGUGUUUCUUAAUGUGAUAUUUUCAUUAAUUUUUCUUCAGUUAUCUUUGUUCAUUGGGAAAAAAAUGACUUAGGAAGCUUACAGAAGACUGCAUGCUGUAAUUGUGGGAGAAAGCUGAAGAAAGUUCUUGCCAUUAGGGGGGAGAUUGUAAACUGCUUGAUUUUUUUAAAAAAAACACACACUUUGGGAACUUGAUUAAAAGUACUUUCUCCAUACAUGAGUAGACUAGUGUAGUUAGGUGGAUUCUCAUGUGAGGAGAUGUCAGUGAUGAUCCCAGGAAUUCUCAUGAUGUAAUGUCCGUCGUCCCCCGUAUCUCAUAGGAUUGCAAGCACUUCAGUGGCCAAGUACAGCACUGGACUGCAUUUGUAUAGGAAGAAAUUCUAUGGGGAAUAGCCUGUACUUUAACUUCAGUGGCCCAGUUCACAUGGAAUGCUAAACCAUGGGAUAACCCUAUGUGCACAAUCUGGAAUGAGCCAAAGUCUCUAGAGAACAUCACCAGUACUUACUUUUAUUUUCCCUUAAUGUUGACUUGUUGUGUUAUCCAUAGUUCCUUUUUACUUACCGGUGCUUUUUUCUGGGGGUAAUCAAGGUACACAGUACCAACACCUCUUUUUCUAGAAGCUUUUCUAGAAGAAAAGCACUGAUAAGCACCAUGGUUUAGUGUUAUGUGUGAACAUGGCCAAUGGUUUCCGUUGUAAGGUCAGUUAACGUAAGGAAAUUAAUGGAAGGAGAGUUUCCUGACUCUUCCUCCCCUUGCAGCCUCCUGUGCCCCACGAAAAGACUCUAGAGCAGGCAUGGCCAAACUUGGGCCUCCAGCUGUUUUGGGGCGACAAUUUCCAUCAUCCCCGACCCUUGGUCCUGUUAGCUAGGGAUGAUGGGAGUUGUAGUCCCAAAACAGCUGGAGGGCCAAGUUUCGCCAUGCCUGCUCUAGAGGAUCAUUGACCCUUCUGAGCAAUAGGGGGGCUGCUAAGGAAAGAGAAAAGCCUAAAAUUGUCUUAGGAUCCAACUUCUCUUAGAUUCAACUUCUCUUAGCAUCCAAGCCAAGCCAACAUUCUUUCGGUUCAUUCAGACAAUCAUGUCAAACCAUUGUUGAGAAAUUUUAACUGUGGUUUGGCAUCAUAUAGCAAACCUUGGCAGUUGAGUACUUAUCAGUUUGGAAGUUAAAUUGCAGUUGCCUGACAUCUUUGUUUCUGUUUUCAAAAACCUAUUUGUACUUCAAGCAAGGGUUCCUGUGAUAGCUCCUCACAGUGUAUAAUCCCUUGUGAUUUGACAAGCGCUCACCACAUGGUUAAAAUCUUUUAAUAGUGAAGGGUUUGCAGGAUGAUGGGGGGGAAGGCAAUGUUUCCAAUUUCUAGCAAGUUUUCUCUUAAUGGAAAACAAUUCUGUGCUUUGGGCAACCUCAGUCCUACCAUAAUCUUAUGCAUGUUUCCUAGGAGUAAGCCUCAUUGAACACAAUAGGAUUUACUUCAAUAACAAGUGUUUAGGAUUGUGGUUCUGGUCUUGGUGUGGCAUCAAAGCAGUUAAUAAUCCCAUACCUUAAUUUAAUUUACAAAUAAAUCCAUUCAGUUCAUAAGUGCUAUAUGGCACACUGAAUUUACCGUACUCUGUUUCAUGUCUGGUUGUAACUUUAUUGCCUUCUGGGUCAUCAUAUUUAAGAAGUUAGUGAGAGCAGGUGUGGGAAACUGGUGACCUUUCAAAUGUUGCUGAACAACUUCCAGCAGCCCUAGCAAGCAUGGUCAAUGGAGUUGUAGUUCAGCAUCAUCUGGGGGGCCAAACAUUCCCCACACCUGACUUACGAGUGGUGAGAUUAGUAGCGCACACACACUGCAUGUCCUUUUAUCCCAGACUUCGUAGUGACUCUCAUUUCUGCAUUGGAAUGUUGUUGGGUUUUUUCCCCAUAUUCUGUUCUCUGCCUUUGCUUCCACAGAUCAUUGUUGUUGCCUUGUAGCGUUUUGAGAAUUCGUUUGUCCCGCCAGCAUCACCCAGUAAAAUAUUUUUAACAAUGUUAGUCUAUUGGCGGAUUAAUGGCUGAGGGAGCAUUCCUAAGCAUUUGUGCACCACCCAAGGAGCAAUACUAAUCCUUUUCAACCCUGACCACUUACACAAGGACUCCAGUGUCUCCUCACUCCCAAAGUAUGUUCACAGAUCUUAUUUCUUGCAGGAUCAGAGAUAGAAUUUUUCCAUGAUGCCAUGCGAAUAGCAUUCAGAGCAAGGGGAAGCACCCAGGCGGGCAGGCAGCAUUCUUGCCGGGACAGUGCCUGCUCCUUGGCAGAUUGCAACAUAGGACUGGGAGGUGUAACAAGGACCUCUCAUAUGACUCAGUCCUCAACGUUAAUCAUGCAGCCUCCCAUAUAUAUUCUGAUUAAAAGGAGUAUCCCAUCUUGUAGCCCCUGAUGAUGAUGAUGAUGAUUGAAACUUUAUUUGCAUCAGCCAUAGGCCAUAGCAACAAAAAAAACUUUGUGAUUUACACAGAACAAAAUAAAAAGUCAGUUAUAUAAAACACAGUUUAGGGUCCUGAAUCAGCCGUCAAAUAGUGGACCUUAUUCUGAUUGCCCCAGCUAGAAACCUUCCAACCUUUGUAAUCAUCUGCUCCUCUUGAUCUGCCAGGAGAAACGACACUGUGGCAGUGGUUGGGUGACCCAGAAUGGUCAAUAAAAGAGGCAUGAUAAUAUUGUUCCUCAGGUCUUUGUAAAACGUGAACGCUAGGAGGGCAUGUGCCACUGAUUCGCCACUGAUUAUGGCCCCUGUUCUAUUCAUGUUUGAUAAAUAACUAAAGUGCUGGCUGAAAGCAGAAUUGAUGCUGCUUUUUGUUUCAGAGCAGUGCGAUGGACAUAGUUUUGUAUUUAAUCAUCUUGCUGCAAAAUCCCUUUAUGUGCAGCACAUUAAUACCUUGUAUAAUAGUCCUUUAUAUAUGGGUGUUCUUGUUUUCACAAAAGGAUUUCAGUAGGUUUUCCUUUAAAUAGGAGGCAGUCUGGGAGUAUUGAGGCCAUCCAUAAGAUACCUGUAACUGUUGCUCUGGUGUGGCUAAUCCUAUAGUGCAGUGUAAUGUGUUUAGUUUCUUUAAGAUGCUUACAGUGCAGCCCUAAGUCUGUUUACUUGGAAAUAAGGCCCAUCAAGUUCAGGAAGACUCCUGUGUGCAUACUUGGGAUGGAGCAGCCGUGCUUAAGUCUGUGGAACAUUCUUCCAAGUAAGAAUGGAUUGUACAUAGGGGCAGCAUCAGACUGCUAAUGGCAAAAACUAAAGCUUUAGGGCAGAUGUGGAGAACUUUGGCCCUCCAGAUGUUGCUGAACUACAGUGCCCACAGCCCCAGCAAACAUGGGCAAAUGCCAGAGAUAAUGGGAGUUGUCGUCCAGCAACUUCUAGAAUGCCAAAGGGUUCCCACACUUGUCUUAGUGAAUGUUUGCUUAAUUGCAUAAGGAAAAUGCACUUUUGAAAGCCAAGGGGGCAACUAAAUUGGGGGGGGGGUUGUUAAAGCUAAAUUUAUAACAAAGUCCCAUAAUAUGUCUAUGACUAUGGUAUAUAUAAUGCUGUAUAAUAAGAUUUCAUAAUGGCAACAGUUUCAUUAGAAGUAGCCACAAUGAUCGAGUCAGUGGUUUGGGUUGUAAGGUAAGUUAACUUCAGGACGUUCAGGAAAGGAAAGUUUUCCAUCCCUUCUUCCUCCCUGUAGGUUAUUAAUGCAACCAGUUUGUUUUCAGAUACAGUAGGAGGUGGAGAGAUGUGUUGGCCAAACAGACUUAGGCACUUUACAGCAUUGCUGAAUGGAUGUGGCUCUAUCUCUCAGUUGAUCUGCAUUACCAGCAUACACAAGUGUAAGUGGGUUCUUAACAGUUGCAUCGAGAAACACAGUAGUAAGUCAUACCUGAUGCAGUCUGGGCCAUGAAAACUUCUUAAUCCCGUAAGAGGUUUGGAGAAACAAUCCUGCAUCUGAUUAAUUACUUGUACUGCCUCGGGGAAACUAGAGGUGGCAAGAAAACCUUUUUAGUAUGAGGAACAAGCUGCCUCUUAAGUGGCAGGGUGUGAGAGUGGGAUGGAUGCAGCUCAAAAAAAAAUGAUACUCCCUUUCCUACCGCCACUACUAGUAUUGUACUGGGGCAGUUGCAAUAUGAGCAUUAACUUCCACAAAUUUAAGGCAUGUCAGUUAUGAAACUGAAGUGUAAAGUUAGUAUUUCAGCAUGCAGUUGCCUUAUAGUUGAAACACUACAAGAUGAGACUAUAAACAAUAACAGCAAAGUAGUAAAAGACCCUUUUCAUGCAUACAUCGUGCAUAAAUGAAACACAUAAGGCUCAAUAAUAUCUAGAACAAAUGAGCUUUUUUAAAAAAAUGGAACUCCUUUAAUUCUUAAAUAAAGAAGCUGAUCAGACAUUAAAGAAUAAUGGCAAAAUUUUAGCUUCUGGGCUCAACUAUUCAAUUUCCAAAUGGGUUCCAUGUAUGCCAAAAAUAAACAAAUUUCAAAACAAAACCCAAUUUAAUGGGUUAGUAAAUAUAUUCUAUUGUUAAAACUAAGUAUGUGUUUGUGAAAGUAUGUGCCGGUUUGAUAAUCUCUUUACAGGUUUUGGGGUGAGGAACAUUUAUUUAAACCAGAAGCAAAUAAAUAACCCUACUAUGUAUAUGAACAAAUGUCAAUGGUGUAUUGUAAGUAUAUAUAUAACUGUAUAUUAAAGAUAUUAUUUUCAUGAU